CCCAGGCCUGGGCAGCCCCCAUGGCGAGGAGUGCAGAGAGGGGGCGGAGACUGGGUGGCUGUCGGGGGGAAGGCUUUGUACCGGGACACGCCGCCAUCACUUCCUCUCCAGCCUUGUCCCCCCUCCCUCCUGCCGCCGCUUCCAUCGCAGCCACAUGAUUUUAAUACCUGCACCCUGAAGCAGAGGGGAAGGAAGGAUAUCCCUAAAACCCCAUAUACCCCGUGUAGUCCCCGGUCCUCCAGCCGAGGCGCUUCCUUCCUUUCUUCCCUUCUGCUCCCGGGCUAGCACAGGGCGCCCUCUCCUCCUCUCUUUAUCCACCUAGGACCCUGCCGAAACGUCGCCAUGCCUAACAUUGUGCUUUUCAGCGGCAGUUCCCACCAGGACCUCUCCCAGAAGGUGGCAGACCGGCUGGGACUGGAACUGGGCAAGGUGGUCACCAAGAAAUUCAGCAACCAGGAGACCAGGUGAGUGAAAGGGUAAGGGGGGACAAGGUGCAUGGAAAGCAUGUCCUGUGGGUCAUGUGUAAUGCUGUGUGUUCUCCAUGACAUCAUCACCUCUAAUACACACAGAGCAGGGCACAUGCUGGUCUAUAUAACCUUGUAGCAGGGCUGGAUUUAGGGGUACUUGUUGCUGGUGACCAUGUGUUGUCCUUCCUGGAGAACUGACUUCAUGGUUGCGCCGGAGGAGCUUCAUUCAUAAAUAUUUCUUACAUCACAACGUGGGUUGUCUCCCAUUCUUUAUAUUUUGUUUGUUGUUUAAAUAUUUUUUUGAAUUAUAAUCAAUUUCUCAAAAAAAAAAAAAAACAUAGAUUAGUAUAGUCCAUCCUAAAAAAAAAAAAAUCACCUGAUCGCUCUAUGUAUACUUUUGAUCAUGGAUAAUUAAGGAUGUACUUUAUCCUCUGACUGAUAAAGAAGACUUUCUAGCUCCACUACUACAGUAUAGAAAAUAUUGUCAGCUCUUGUUAAUAUAGUUAUUUGAAAUAAAUAAUAAUAAAAUAUAAUUCCUGGCUGAAUAAGGAUUGGUAUUUUAGGUAAGAAUAUUUUUCUAAAGAAGCUAUUUUAUUUGUUCGAUUGUGCUAUUUCCACAUGGCAUAUACAGUUCUGGGUUUCUUGUGUGACCUGUAAAUCAUUUUUAUUCUCUUGUACGUCAUACGUUCCCAUCUAAUCAAAUACUCAUUUGAAUUGUUUUAAAAUGCUGUAUGUUGGUGAGUUUUGAAGAAGCUAUCUGUAUUAGUUAAUGCUGUGCAGAAGCCAUUCAAUUUCCCCCUAAACUUAAUUAUGCAAAGUCUGUAUAUAUAAAAGCUGUCUGUCUGCUCAUGCUGUUCAGUGCCUGAUUCCUGGCCAAAGCAAGUUAAUGCUGGAAUUUAUCUACUUAUAUCCCCCACCCCCUUAGGGGAUACAGAGAAAAGGCAACUAAUGCACAUCUCAUUUAGCCUUUUUUUUUGUUUUGUUUUUUUUUACUACAAAUAAAGUGGGGUUUCAGCUCAUUCUCUUCAUUUAAAUCUUCAACUGUCCUGUAUUCCUUGUAAAUGUUAAACUAUGUAGUGAAAGUCAUUUAAGAAUGUAGAUGUCAUUGUGGUACAUGAAACAUGUAUUGCUACAAUUAUUUAACUCAGCGCACAAGUGCAAUACACCUAUAUUUUAUUGUGCAAGGUUAGAUACUAUCUCACUGCAACUUCAGUGUUGAUGUAUACAUUUGUGUGCAAAAAAUAAGCGAGUCUCUCUCUCUUUAGACAAACAUUUUAAAACCAAUUAAAGUGGCACUGUCAUGCCAAACUUGCCUUUAAUCGCUUCCACUUCUCUCUCUCUGUCAGGAUCUGUUCUUCAAUUCUUCCUGACUGCCUAGUUUUCUUUAAAACAUAAGACAAAGUAGGGACUACUUUGUCUUAUGGAGGUUUCCUACACUUGACCAUUUAUAACCAGCGGAGGAGCAAAGUGUGGUCCCGUUUCCUGUGGUCAGAGAAAUUUUCCACAAUUCUCACCCUUUCCUCAGUGUUAUCGCGCUGCUUCCUUUUCGUGUUCCCAAAUGCUGGCAAAACUACCGAUUUUGGCCUAACAGAAUGAGAGCAGUUCGUCCAUUCGUGACUUUGUUCGGUUCGAAAUUUCAUUCGAAUGAAUGAAAUUCCGAUCCGAAUGCGGCUGCAAGUGGGGGCUGUUAAAGUAAACGGGGGACAUAGGGUCCCCCUUGGCCCCCACCCAUGAGCGGCAAAAUAAAAACCCAUAAUACUUGUUGAACCUUUAAAUAAAAAUGGACUUUUUUUUAUUUAAAAGUUUGGGUAUUAUGGGUUUUUAUUUUGCCUUUUUUGGGGCUGAACAAAGAUUUUAGAAAAAAGAAGAUAUCAAAUGCUAAGUUUUUAUUUACAGAGAUUAAGUUUUCUCGUUCUCCUCCCUCACUAUUUUUAGGGUGAGGGGAUUAGGUAGGAAUUUAUUUAAUUUUUAUUGGAUGGGGGGUGACUAGGGGCUUGGGGACCCCUACUUACCGGGGGGGAGGGUUAUUUUAGCCCCCACCUGCUGCUCAUGGGUGGAAGCAGGGGGAGGACAAAUUUUUAUAUAUAUAUAUAUAUAUAUAUAUAUAUAUAUAUAUAUAUAUAUAUAUAUAUAUAUAUAUAUAUAUAUAUAUAUAUCUAUCCAAAGAUAGUAGUCCAGGGAGCACACUGGGUCUUGAGAUUAGUGAAGAAAAAAUACUUUAAUGUAUCAUAAAAAAUACAUCAACUGUGUAUCUUACAGUUGAUGUAUUUUUUAUGAUACAUUAAAGUAUUUUUUCUUCACUAAUCUCAAGACCCAGUGUGCUCCCUGGACUACUAUUUUUGGAUAUAUAUAACGCGGGUUUGCACCUGGGCAUUUAUAUAAUGGAUAUAUGGAGGAGGAGUGCCUUGCUUCACUUAUUGUUUUGAGAUAGAUAUAUAUAUAUAUAUAUAUAUAUAUAUUUUUUUAUAUAUAUAUUUUUUUUAAUACACAACAGUGAGCAACCACUGGCUGCUCACUGUUUAGUAGACAUGCCCCUGCUCACGGCAUAGCGAGUAGGGGCAUCCAGGAGAUUUUAAUCUCCCUUAUGCUAAUAUGGGGGUCAUAUUGACCCCCAUAAAGUGAGGAAGGACAUGGGGUUAAAAAAUCAAAACUGGAUUCGGCCAUGACAGUGCUGCAACACAGACAAACUUGGUCUAUAUUUACUAGAACUGUAAAGUGAUUGGUACACCUGUUUGGUUCUAUGUUAAAAAAAAUAAAAAAUAAUUAUAUAUAUAUAUUUUUUUUUUAUUAUUAUUAUUAUUAUUUAAUUCGACCAUUGAAUAAUAGGAGCAACAACGCUGUCAUACAGGUUCACAGGAAAACUAUGAGAGAGUGGUACAUUGUGUUGUAAAUGCAAAAUAAUUUGAGACAGACUGUUGGGCACAUGGCUGUUUCAUGAGGUCUUAGCUUAAAAGGACACUAUAGUCACCCAGACCAUUUCAGCUCAAUUAAGUGGUCUGGAUGCCAGGUCCCCCAGAGUUUAACCCUUCAGAUGUAAAACAAAGCAGGAUUAAUCCAACCUCUAGUGGCUGUCUUCCUGAGAGCCGAUAGAGGCGCUUCUGCGAAGCUGGAUGCGAAAUUCGCAUCCACCGUGCAGAACGUCCAUAGGAAAGCAUUGAGAAAUGCUUUCCUAUGGACUGUUUGAAUGCAUGCGCGGCUCUUGCCACGCAUGCGCAUUCCGCUCCACUCGGGAGCUGACGUCGGCGGGGGAGGAGAGGUCACCCGUGUGAGCCUAGAAUAUUGCACCUUUUCACAAUAUUCUAAUUUACUGAGAUUUUCAUGAGCUGUAAGCCAUAAUCAUCGCACUUAUGACAAAUCACGGCUUGAACUAUCUCUUGCUUUGCAUGUAAUGUGUCUAUCUCAUAUAUUAGUUUCCCCUUUUACGUUGCAUUACUGAAAUAAAUGAACUUUUGCACGAUAUUCUAAUAUUUUGUGUAUCACCUGUAUACAUCACAAAAAUUUUUGAUAUGUUCCAAAAUGUCAACAAUGUCUUUGUUCCCUUACCCAAAAAAUGUUUAUAAAAGUAUGUAAUUUAAAAAGUGCAGAUUGAGUGAGUGAUUCUGGUUAAAAGUCUUUUAGCUUAAUAGCUCAUGUUGGCUACCACAACCAACAUUGGUGGUAUUAAGCAGUAGACACUGCUUUUGCUUUAUAAAUGACAUAUCACAAUAGACUUUCAGUUUGUCAUUUAAUUGUCUUUCACAUAGACAUAAUAGAAAUUGCUUGUGUAUUGCACCAGGAUAUUUAAUUACAUGGUUUGUGGAUAUGCAGUAUUUUAAUGCUCUUUAACACCCCUUUGCCAUUUUAUUUGAGUUAAUUCAUCAAAUGUAAACUACAAAUCCUACAAGCUUUGAAGUUAAAAUAUGAAAUUUCUCAGCGACAGCACAUAAUUUAAAAUGAAUGUGGCACAAUUGAGUACUUUUCAGAUUCAACAACCUGCUGCAAAGAAUUGAGUGUUUAGUAUAUAGCAGAAGUUGAUAUACCCUUUUAUUUAGACUUAUUUGCAUGUUACAUAUUCAUAUGCAUGUAUAAUUGGACUUACAAAUGAGUGGUUUUCCAGUCUCUUCCCCCCCUCCCCCUUGUUCUUAUUAAUGCUACCUAGACUCCUACAGUGCUUUAUGUGAGAUUUCACAGAAAUUCCUGAUGCUUGAAUUCAUACAUCGCUUGGGAAGUUGUAUUCUCCUAACAGCUAUCUAUCCUGAUGCUGUCCCUGCAGUGUUUUAAUGUGGAAGAAAAUAAUUAAGAGUAAGACCGUGCUUGACAAAUUUGUUUAGAAACUAAGAGCCAGCUAAAACUUAAAAGCCAGUUUUUUUUUUUCCAAACUAAUUUUUAAGUUUAAAGCGGCACUGUCAUGCCGAAACUACCUUUCUUUAAUCGAUUCCUCUUCUCUCCCUCUCUCAGGAUCUGUUCUUCAUUUCUUCCUGUCUGCUCUAGUUUUCUUUAAACCAUAAGACAAAUUAGGGACUACUUUGUCUAAUUGAGGUUUCCUAUGCCUGACCAGCUUUGACCAGCGGAGGAGCAAAGUGUGCUUCAUUUCCGCUGGUCAGAGCGGUUUCCCCACAAUACUCACCUUUUGAUCAGCGAGCACACCCCCCUCCCCCCUUAGGUGAAGGAUGGGUUACUUCCCCUUAGGUCCAGUGGUGGCUCAGGCUGGAGGGAGUCAGAGUUCCCACUCUGACUCCCUCUCCUCUCUCCCACACGGGCUCACGCUGAUAGCUGGGAGGAGUGACGGGUAGUCCCUUCCUCCCAGCUGUGAUAUCAAUGGCCCCCUGGCAAUUCAUCUCUAUCUGGUGGCCCUAACAGCAUGGGCCCCUUGAACAUGAGGCCCCGGUUGUUUGCCGCGCAGGCCAGGGCCGCAACACAGGGCGGCCGGGCCCCCUGCGUGAUUGGCCUGGUUGCAACUUCGACCCCUGCGACCGUAGUAUGUAUGCCACUGGGGGGGGGGGGGGGGGGGGGGCAACCUAUUGCCUCUUAACUCUCUGGUUGUUUGAUUGCAACCAAUCAGUGUUGUUAUGAGUCAAAUUACACAAUAUAGAACUUUUCCAUAGAACUUUUCCACGCUGUGUAAAAUGGCACAGAGCACUCUGGUUGGAUUUCAAGCCAACUAAUUGGAGGGCGUGGGAAGGCUUUAUAAGCCUUUCCCCGCCCUGCGGAGCUCAGUCUGCGCCGUGCCCUCCAUGGAUGAAGAUGAAUUUUUUUUUUUUUUUUUUUUUAUUUAUUUUCUUUUGCGUUCAGGUUUUUUUUAAUUUUAUUUUCAAAGUCCAAUAGGUAUUUUGGACUUGUAUUUGGCCUUUUUGGGGGCUGAAAAAAGAAGACAUAAAAUGGUAAGUUAUUUUUUAUUUACAAGGAUUUAAUUUUGUCUCCUCUCUCUCCCCCCUCACUAUUUAUUUGGGGUGGGGGCCGGAUGGACGAGUACAAUAGGUUCUCCCCCCACUCCCUCUUUAUUGCCUUAUUGUUGUUUAGGUCCCCCACCCGCCACUCAGGGGUGGGGGCCGAUGUGGGGAGGACAACUCGCUUUCAUGGCACUAAAGGGUCAUUAGUUCCCCGCCACCCUCAUGGCCCCCCUCCCUCUGGGCUGAAGGGGUUAAAACCCCUUUAGCCACUUUCCUUUCUCCAGCGCCAGGCUCCCUCUGCGCUAGUGACCUCUCCUCCUGCCGACAUCCGCCCCGAAUGCACGGCAAGAGCUGCGCGCGCAUUCAAACAGCCCAUAGGAAAGCAUUACUCAAUGCUUUCAUAUGGACGUCAGCGUCUUCUCACUGUGAUUUUCACAGUGAGAAUCGCGGAAGCGGCUGUCAGGGAGUCUGCCACUAGAGGUGGCUUAACCCUCAGUAUAAACAUAGCAGUUUCUCUGAAACUGCUGUUUUCAGCUGUAGGGUUAAAACUAGAGGGACCUUGCACCCAGAUCACCUCAUUGAGCUGAAGUGGUCUGGGUGCAUAUAGUGGUCCUUUUAAGGUGGCUUGCAAGUGCCGUUCCUCCCUGUAACCAUCUUCUUCAACUUUCUCUAGUUCGGAUCCAGAGAGUAAUGCCUGCCGCCAAGUAAUGGUGCAGCUGUUUGGUUUAAAGUGGUCAGCUGAUGCUCUUAGCCGAUCAGUAGCUCCCCAUUCCUAAAAAUAAAAAGUACCAUUCUUAUUUUACCCGUUAUGUUUACUUUAUGAAUAAAAUAUUUAACCCCUUGAGGACUGAGCCAAAUGUACACGUUGUGACCGAACAAAUCAUAAACAAAACCUGGAAUUUGCGCGCUAUGUCUGUUCAGACGUAAUGCACCUUUUUCAUAUUAUGUGCACUUAUUCUACAGGGCUUUCAUUUAACAACAAAUAUUUAGCUAUGAAACAUAAUUCAAUAUAAAAAAAUGGGAGAAAAUAACUUAUUUUUUUUUAUUUUAAUUUUUUUAGUUCUGCAUGGCAUUUUAACUGUGAAUGUCAAAAUACUGUUUCCUUUUACUGCAAUAAAAUACACAUUUGUAUUCAGCGAUGUCUCAUGUGUAAAACAGUACCCCCUAUGUACAGGUUUUAUGGUGUUUUGGGAAGUUAUAGGGUCAAAUAUAGCAUGUUACAUUUUUUAUUUUUUUUCACAUUGAAAUUCACCAGAUUUGUUACGUUGCCUUUGAGACCAUAUGGUAGCCCAGGAAUGAGAAUUACCCCCCUGAUGGCAUGCCAUUUGCCAUAGUAGACAGCCCAAGGUAUUGCAUAGGGAUCGACAAUAUUUAUUUUUUAGAGCCGAUACUGAUCUGUGAACUUUCAGGCCGAUAACUUAGAUAUUCUGUACAUUUACCUUUUUGAAAAAAUAAACUAUUUCUAAAGGUAAAUGCACUAAAUAUACAUGCCACGUGUAGUGAAUGCAGUGUGUUUGUGUAGUGUGUGUGUGUGUGUAUAGUGAAUGCAGUGUUUAUAUAAUGUAGUGUGUGUUUCUGUAGGUAUGUAAUUUGGGGGGAGGGGGCAUUUUUAUUUUUGUCCCACCACCCCCUCCCUGCUUGUUACUUGGCCAGGGAGGGGGAUAUAGCAUUCCCUGGUGGUCCAGUGGCAUGGAAAGUACAGAGAGGGGCCACAGCAAGCGCUUACUUACCUUCCCUUCAGCUCCCUGUGUAAAUCUGGUCUCCAGCGGAGCGUUGCCAUGGUAACCAGUGGCAAAGCUCUGACGGCCCGGGACUUGCAAGAUUUACACAGGGAGCUGCUGGGAAGGUAAGUAAGCACUUGCUGGGACGCCCAGGACCACCUGGCUUGUAAUGGGUCCCGUUGUCCUGGUAUGUAUUAUCGGUAUCUUUAUUGGCCGAUACCGAUAUUGCCGAAAAUACCGAAUAUCGGCCAGACCAAUAAUCGGUCAAUCCCUAGUAUUGCAAGUGGAGGGGGGGGAAGAGGUGUAUAUACUCUGCUUAAUUAAAGGGACACUAUAGUCACCCAGACCACUUCAGCUCAAUGAAGUGGUCUGGGUGCCAGGUCACUCAGGUUUUUAGUAGCCACUUGAUCACAAACACUAGCCAAAGUUUGUGUGUCAAAAAUGCAGAAAACUAAUUUGAACGCCAAUUUUGGCCAGUGUUUGUGACUAAGUGGCUACUAAAAUAGACUAAUUUUCAUUCCUGGGCUACCAUACGGUCUCAAAGGCAAAAUAACCAAUCUGGCGAAUUUCAAUGUGAAAAAAACUGAAACGUAAGCCUUAUAUUUGACAAUGUAACUUUUGAAAACGCCUUAAAACCUGUACCUGAGGGGUACUAUUAUACUCGGGGGACUUCGCUGAACACAAAUAUUUGUGUUUCAAAACAGUAAAAAGUAUCACAGCAAUAAUAUUGUCAGUGUUAGUUCCGUUUCUGUGUGAAAAAUGCAAAAAACUUCACUUUCACUGACGAUAUCAUCGUUGUAAUACAUUUUACUGUUUUGAAACACUAAUGUGUUUCUACGAAGUCUCCCGAGUAAAACAGUACCCCCCCAUUCACAGUUUUUAUAGUGUCUUGAAAAGUAUGUGUGUGUAAUUUUUAAAAAAAAUUAUUUUAUUUAUUAUUUAUAUAUAGGUAAAUACAGUGCCUUGCAAAAGUAUUCAACCCCCUUGACUUUUUACCUAUUUUGUUACAUUACAGCCUUAAGUUCAAUGUUUUGUUAAUCUGAAUUGUAUGUGAUGGAUCAGAACACAAUAGUCUAAGUUGGUGAAGUGAAAUGAGAAAAAUAUAUACAUAAAAAUAUUUUUUAGAAAUAGAAAACAGAAAAUUGGCAUGUGCGUAUGUAUUCACCCCUUUUGUUAUGAAGCCCAUAAAAAGCUCUGGUGCAACCAAUUACCUUCAGAAGUCCCAUAAUUAGUGAAAUGACGUCCACCUGUGUGCAUUCUAAGUGUCACAUGAUCCGUCAUUACAUAUACACCCCUUUUUUUUUUUUUGAAAGGCCCCAGAGGCUGCAAUACCUAAGCAAGAGGCACCACUAACUAAACACUGCCAUGAAGACCAAGGAACUCUCCAAACAAGUAAGGGACAAUGUUGUUGAGAAGUACAAGUCAGAGUUAGGUUUAAAAAAAAAAAUAUCCAAAUCUUUGAUCCAGAGGAGCACCAUCAAAACUUUCAUAACCAAAUGGAAAGAACAUGGCACAACAGUAAACCUGCCAAGAGACGGCAGCCCACCAAAACUCACGUACCGGGCAAGGAGGGCAUAAUUCAGAGAGGCAGCACAGAGACCUCAGGUAACCCUGGAGGAGCUGCAGAGACUGGAGUAUCUGUACAUAGGACGACAAUAAGCGGUAUGCUCCAUAGAGUUGGGCUUUAUGGCAGAGUGGCCAGAAGAAAGCCAUUACUUUCAGCAAAAAAACUAAAUGCCACGUUUUGAGUUUGCGAAAAGGCAUGUGGGAGACUCCCAAAAUGUAUGGAAGAAGAUGCUCUGGUCUGAUGAGACUAAAAUUGUACUUUUCGGCCAUCAAAGAAAACGCUAUGUCUGGCACAAACCCAACACAUCACAUCACCCAAAGAACACCAUCCCCACAGUGAAACAUGGUGGUGGUAGCAUCAUGCUGUAGGGAUGUUUUUCAGCAGCCAGGACUGGGAAACUGGUCAGAGUUGAGGGAAAGAUGGAUGGUGCUAAAUACAGGGAUAUUCUUGAUCAAAACCUGUACAACUCUGCAAGUGAUUUGAGGUUAGGACGAAGGUUCACCUUCCAGCAGGACAAUGACCCCAAACACUGCACUGCUAAAACAACACUUGAGUGGUUUAAGGGGAAACGUGUAAAUGUGUUGGAAUGGCCUAGUUAAAGCCCAGACCUCAAUCCAAUAGAAAAUCUGUUGUCAGACUUAAAGGAACACUAUAGUCACCUAAAUUACUUUAGCUAAAUAAAGCAGUUUUAGUGUAUAGAUCAUUCCUCUGCAAUUUCACUGCUCAAUUCACUGUCAUUUAGGAGUUAAAUCACUUUGUUUCUGUUUAUGCAGCCCUAGCCACACCUCCCUUGGCUAUGAUUGACAGAGCUUGCAUGAAAAAAAACAACUGGUUUCACUUUCAAACAGAUGUAAUUUACCUUAAAUAAUUGUAUCUCAAUCUCUAAAUUGAAAUUUAAUCACAUACAGGAGGCUCUUUCAGGGUCUAGCAAGCUAUUGACAUAGCAGGGGAUAAGAAAAUCUUAAUUAAACUGAACUUGCAAUAAAAGCCUAAAUAGGGCUCUCUUUACAGGAAGUGUUUAUGAAAGGCUGUGCAAGUCACAUGCAGGGAGGUGUGACUAGGGUUCAUAAACAAAGGCAUUUAACUCCUAAAUGGCAGAGGAUUGAGCAGUGAUGCUGUAUGGGGCAUGUUCUAUACACUAAAACUGCUUCAUUAAGCUAAAGUAGUUCAGGUGACUAUAGUGUCCCUUUAAAGAUUGCUGUUCACAAGCGCAAACCAUCCAAUUUGAAGGAGCUGGAGCAGUUUUGCAAGGAGAAAUAGGCAAAAAUUCCAGUGGUAAGAUGUGGCAAGUUCAUAGAGACUUAUCCAAAGCGACUUGGAGCUGUGAUUGCCCCAAAAGGUGGCUCUACAAAGUAUUGACUUUAGGGGGGUGAAUAGUUAUGCACAUUGACUUUUUCUGUUCUUUUGUCUUAAUUGUUUGCUUCACAAUAAUAAUAAAAAUAAAAAAAGUGGGAAUGUUCUGUAAAUUAAAUGAUGCAAAUCCUCAAACAAUCCAUGUUAUUCCAGGUUGUGAGGCAACAAAACACGAAACAUGCCAAGGGGGUGAAUAUUUUUGCAAGGCACUGUAUAUUGUGAUAUAUAUGUAUAUACUUAUGUAUAUAGAUAAAUAUUAUUUCGUUCUACGUUUAUUUUUAUAUCAAUAUAUAUUAUCAAACUACAGUUAGAACGAAAUGACACACAUAUUUAUGUAUUUACAUUUGUUUUAUAUAAUAUAAAUAUCUAGAUUAUCAAUAUAAUUCUUCAUGUAUUUUGAGAUAUAUAAUGAUCUAAGUAUAUAUACUAUUUUAAAUUUUACACUGUUUUAAUCUUUAUUCAUUUUACAGGCUGCAGGGGGAGUACCUGUCAUUCCAGGCACUCCCCCUGCUGGCAUUGCUAUGGACGGCUAUGCCGUCCAUGUGAGCGUGAGGUCCUUGCAAGGAUCUUGCGAUUACAUGGCCCAGAGGGCACAAAAUGGAAGCAGGGAGACUUCCUGGGAUGUCAGGUGAGUCCACCCACCGUGAUUGCCGGCGACCGGGUAAGUACAUAGGACAUUCAUAGAACCCCCGCCAUCCUUAAGGGGUUAAAUAUUGAGAGAAAAAAAUAUAGAGAAAUAAGCAAAUAUAUAUAUAUUUGAAAGAAAAAUAGUUUGUUAAAAACUGCAUUAAUUACCUUUGCAGGGUUAUGGGACCUUGGACAGUGCACGCAUACUGCUUCAUUGAGCUAAAGUGGUCUGGGUGUCUAUUGUGUCCCUUUAACAUGGGGCAUUUUGAGACUUGUCCCUUCAUCACAGAUGUUUAACAAAUCUAAUUUAUUAGUAACUAAUUUUUAUUUAUUUUGAAAAACGAAGUAAUUUAACCAUUGUAAUAACGGCUUAUCAGGCAGUCUAAGGCCGCUAAAUAUGAUCCCAGGUAUACACUGAUCAGCCACAUUAUAACCACUAAUAGAUUAAGUGAAUAAGAUUGACUAUAUUGUAACAAUAGGACCUUCCAAGGGGUGGGAUAGAUUAGGCAGCAAGUGACAGUCAGUUUUUGAAUUUUUUGUCAUGGAAGCGAAAGGAUCUCAGUGACUUCCUUUUACAUUUAUUUUGAAUAUUUGGCAAUUCACUACACAUUUCAAAUCAGUCAAGGUAAAGCCAGGGCAAACAUACCACAUGAGCAAGAUAAAUAGAAAAAAAUAUUGUUAGCUAUAUGCUUUCUCUAAACUAACUGCCAGGCGCAAAGGAUAGAGCUUAUGACACUAAUCUACAGGGAGCUAAGAUGGAGCACCCAGAUGCAGUAAAAAAAAAGGUGUGUGCAUUUCGAAGUUUAAUCCUACUUUUCAGAUCUCACAAAUUCUUAUUUUAUAAAUGCAGAUUUAAGGAAAAGUAUAUUUAAAAAUGUUUUUUCUCUCUUCUGAGAGAAUUUUUUUUUAUUGAUAUAGUUGAAUGCUAUUGCUUUCUUUCUUUGAAAUUCAUGCCUACAUAAUUUUAGUGCAGUUAUCCUAUCGGCACACAUUGAGGAACAGCAGGUGCUUUGUCCUUUUGAGAUUCUGAGGAUCUGUUUAUAAAAUUUUGACUUUUUUAAUUAUUAUUUUAAUCCACCAGAUCACGCUCCUUCUUGUGUUUGGAACUGGUGACUAAUCCGCCCUAUUCGCGUAAUGAUUUUAGAAUAUUUUUUGCACACCAGCAUUUCCUUUUCAGCAGGGAAUUAGACCAUUACGCUUGCACUGAAUGGACUGCUGGAAUGCUGGCCACUGCUCAUGCAUGAGUAGCGUUUGCCUUGUUUGUUGUUGUACCGACAUCAGAACGUGGUAUUUGCCUGUCAAAGCAGAACAUGUCACUGUAAAAAAAAAAAAAUGUACAUUUAAAUAAGUAUUUCUGACUAGUAGAAUCCAGACAUUUCUUUUUUUUUUUUUUUAAUCUUGUAAAGUUGCUGUCCAGAUAGUCUGUGGAUAUAUAUCUGCAUUUACUUUGUUUCCUCUAAACAUAUGGUUAAUUUGCAUUAUGGAAGUGUGUGUGUGUGUGUGUGUGUGUGUGUGUGUGUGUAUAUAUAUAUAUAUAUAUAUAUAUACACACUCACACUCUGCGGGGCUCGAAAAAUCCCAGGCGCCAUGGGAUUUUGUUCUAGCGCUUGGGUUUUUGUCGGCCCGUUCCUUCCGAGAUGGCCAGCUAACGGAGAAUGUAGGCUGCAGCAAGCAAUGCAAGCGGGCGGUGAGAGAGCUGUAAUCUUCCUGCUGUGUUAAACCCCUUCAGCAACCUGGGAUGGGGGGUGGGAGGGAGAGGGGACCUGUAGUGCCAGGAAAACGGUUCGUUUUCCUGGCACAGGUGUGUCCCUUUAAGCUAAAGUUGUUUUGGUGAUUAUAGUGUCCCUUAAGAUUAAAAUAAUUUGUGUGAGUGUCUGUAUGUCACUGUGUCAAAUCAGUGAGUGUGUCUAUCACAGUGAUCACCCCCCUCCGAUCGCAUGGGACAGGUGUUUUUAUUCCCCUUUUUUCCUGCGUGAAUCCGGUCUUGCUGUGGCUGGCCCAGCCUGCAUGGCUGAGAUAAUCAGUCUUGGUGAUUUCAGCCACACUAUUACGCAUGUGCGGCAAAACAUUGUGUUAAGCCAGUUUGCAUCUCCUCAUAGAGAUGCAUUGACUAAAUUGGCUUGGAGACGCUGAACGUAGGUGCUACAUAUUGUGUAGCACUAGACUAAGCAGCACCUCUAGUGGCCAUCCGAGAGACUCACUAGAGGUGUUCUUAGACUGCAUUGUAAACAUUGCCUUCUUUCUGAAAAGGUAGUGCUUUUAUUGAAAAUCACUAGAUCAAGCUGUAGUGGUGCUGGUGAAUUGCAUUUUUGUCAUUGAAAAUAAAGUUUUGUUUAAAACAAAGUCUCCUAACUUUUUAUUUGGCUCCUAGAUUCCAAGCAAAUUUGUCAAGCUCUGAUAUAGCGUGUGGUAUGUGCUGAGCAAGCUUGAUGUCUAAAGCACAAACCGUAAUUCUAUGUAGAAAACAAGGGGGAAUUUGAACAAGCCAAAAAGUAGAUUGAUACACAAGUAAACGGGGGGGUAACCCGAAAUAGAAACUAUAUACGUGGAAGAGACGUAGUGUACCAAAUAAAGGGGCUGGGAUUGGUAUCAAAUACAGAGGAACUCUUGAAUAAUCCAGAUUAGGAGAAUAUCAUAUGUAAAAUAAAUACAUUUUAUUGAAAAAAAAAACAUUAAAAUUGCCAGGUAUAAAGGCAAAUAAAGUGGUUGAAAAAAACAUAAAAAAUAGCCCAUUGUGAAGGCAAAUUAAGUGGUGCUUGUGUACUAAACAAAAGUAAAAAAAAAUAAAGAUCAAAUAGAUAUGUCAAGUAUAGGUAUAAAUAAUCACCCACUAGUAUGAUUGCUCUAUACGUGGUAUAAAUGAAACCAAUUGUACUACCUAUUAUGGGAUUGAAGUUUAGCGUAUCACCAAAGUGGAGAAUAUGAAUCUAUGCAUACGUCUAUGCCAAGAAUUCUUUCAAAUAUAUCUCAGUAUGGUGAUGCAAAAGGAGAUAGCCCUUAGUACCAGGAUAGGUACUGAAUAGCCUCUGCAGCGUGUCAAAGGGUAAUGUACAGCAAAAUAGUUGCAAUUAGUCUAACUCCUGUAACAUGGCAGGUAUAAGCAUACAGCUAAAACUCCCUGCCUAUUACUGCAUCGAAAAUAUAGACUAAUAGGUGAAUCGUGUCUUAUUAGUGAAAGACAGUUGUUAAUAUGGUAAUACGGUUAGCCUUGCAAUAUUAGGAUCUAUAAAGGUCAGUUUAAAAAUUAAUAAUAGUCUAACUGGCUUCUUCCCCCGUGACUUCGAGGACACCUCUAGCUCUUCACGUGCUGUAUUAAGAGGGAGGAUAUAGGAGCUGCGGAUAUCAGGUCUCUUAGCAGGAUAGUGUGCCGGCUCAGAAUCGUAUUCCUUUGUGCCAGAAUAUGCUCUGUAUAGCUCCUACAGCAUCACGUGCCGGAAAGUAGUAUAUAGUAGCACAGCAGGCAUGGACCUGCGAGUAAUAUCACUUGCAUGUUACUAUAUUAAAAGUUGAUAAGCUGCCUGUGAUUACAUUGAAGGGUAAUACCUAGUAAUACACUAAGGCUGCUUUGUUUGGCUGGGGUGAUUUAGGGGGACUAUAGUGUUCCUUUUAAUAUACUGUUGUAGCAGAUGGAUUCUUUAAAUGCCAGGAUCCUAGCCGCAGUGUUUGUUUUCUUAAAACAUGUAGUAGGUUUUUAUCAAUUGCUGUAGACAAAGCUCUGUUGCAAUUAGCAUUUUCAUCACCUCAACUAGUUUCACUUGAUAUCAGUUUCUAAAGUCAGUCUGUUUUUCAGCUGGGGCAGAACUUUUCCUGUGCUUCAUUCCAUGGUUGCACAUUUUAUGUUUUGUCUUAAAUUCUAAGUCCUAUGUUGUCUGUUACAAAGACAGGUUUGGGCUAACUGACUACUGGAAUGGCAAUUUUAAAGAAAAUGCUUCCUAAUAUUGGUUCCUGCAGAGUUUGCAUCAAACAAGUUUUUAAAUGCAGUUGCAGCUAUUCUGUCUGCUCUAGCCUCUGCUUCCCAAAUACGGCUAAGGAAAGCCUAUAGCAGGUAAGGCUGUUGGUUGGUAUUGCAAUUUUAAAGAAUUACUUCUAAUAUUGAUUCCUGCAGAGUCUGCAUCAAACAGGUUUUGAAAUGCAGUUUGCAGAUAUUCUUUCUGCUCUAGCCUCUGCUUCCCAAUUACGGUUAAGGAAGGCCUGGAUCAUGGGUAUUGUCUUAUGCAGACUGUAUAUCUUUGUAAUCAGUCUCGCUUCAGCCAAUAAAGAUGGUAACCUGCAUGAACUAGUCUCCAUGGAAAAUUAUUUCUUCCUCAUGUUACUGGGCUUGAAGCAAGUUCUAGUACAGCUGCAGGCCUAUUGAUCAAGGUGUAGUUCCACCAGGUUCAAUUUGUACCCUGCACUGCCAUAGAUACGGUAUGACAGGGAUGGCUUACUGCCUAGGUUUGUUUGCCGUUUUUCUUUUACGAAAGAGCUUAUGGCAAUUGCCACUUAAGUUUCUCUCACUAUGCAAAAUGUUGCCAUCCAUAAAUUUGUUGAAUCUCUACAAUACUGCUUCCUCAGGGGCACCUAAUGAAUUUUUGUACACCAGCCCCUAAAGGUUAGGGUGUUUUUUCUACAGCAUACAGGUGGAUGCUAAUCAAUCUUCUGAUAAAGAAUUCCCUUUACAAGAAGUGUGCAGUUCUGGUGUUUGUCAAGGAACAGUUCAGGUGUAAAUAUUUUGACAAGAGUUUUUGACUCUCAGAGAAUGGUAAUUCCCUGAAGAAAAAAUGUGUGGUUCUCUCUGUCCUUAUCACCUGAAAUCUCUCUUCUACUUCAGUAGACAAGAUACUAGGGAAAUAAUAUUGGUUCCCGUCUUGUAAGAACCUGUGUGGUCUCUUCAGCUUCUUUAGGCAUAGCACUGUUUACAGGUCCUUCAGAGGCCAGAUACAGUUGCUGAUAAGAUUUUGCAGUAAAAUCCUAUAAUUUGGUCAUUCCUUUCUGAACCAGGCAGAAAUGAAGGAUGCUAGACGGUUCUUACUUUUUGUUCUAGUUCUCAAAUCGAUCGUUCAGAAUUUUACGACUGAUGCUUCAGGUCUCAGCUAGGUUCUCAUAGGGUUGAAGGGAAAUAAGCUGAGAGAUUUUGAAAAAAACGUAUCCAACUACAUAGGACCGAAGGCUAUCUGGCUAGCUCUCUUUGCUUUUCAGAUAAAGACCAGGUAUUAUCUUGUCCAGAUCUGGUCGGAUAGUUCUACAUCAGUAGCAAUUCUGUACAAACAAGGUCGUCUUCUUGUUUAAAAAAAAUCUUGUUCUAGGAAAUGCUUGGGUUAGUUUUUCUUGGGUCUAUUCACUUAUGCAUAGAACUUAAUAUUCCUCUGUUUAGCUGUAGCAUUGAAUAGUCAACAUUUAAUACAAAGCAGUUUGGUUCGUACUCCCUGAUCUUCACCCAAACGAUAGGAAGAAUUUGAUUAUCCAGUUAUGGAACUGGGACAUCUAGAUCAAACAGCAUGAAGUGUUUCAUUGGACAAGCUUGGACAGACCAGUAAGCUUUGGUUUCCUUUUCUUUCUUGGGAAUUCCAGUCUAACCUAUAGUUUCCUCCUAGUUCCCUAUUUCCCAAGAUCCUAUAGGAUGGAAAAGGUGAGAAUGAUAGUCUUCCUUCCUUGGUGGCAAGUAGCUGUUUCACCGUUCAUCUAAAAUUAUCCCGAGGAAUCUUUGGGGACCUUACCUGUAAGUAGGCAUCUUGGAAUUCUCAAGGGUACCUCUUCUCAACUUUGUAGUAAUUCAAGCUGACGACCUGGUUUAUGUAUACCAGAUACGGAAGGCUAAUGUUUUGUCUCAGGAAAUUGACAAUUUCUUUUACUAUAAAUGGAUCUUGUUCCAAGAUUUAUUCCAAGUAUGGAAGGUGUUGUUUUUUUAAGAUAUUGGUUCAAAGAAAAGCAUUGUGGAUGGUUUAAAGCUAGAGAUCCUCAAGGCCAAAUUUUGGUUAUCAGUUUAUUUUCAGAGGUUUGUCUCCAAAUCACAAGUAUCUGCUAGUCUCUUUUGUGGUUAGUUCCAGUCUUCAGGGAAUCUUUUCCCCAGGGCAUCUUCUUUUGGGGUUUUUAACUCUGCUGAUUUGAGCCUUCACUCUAGGCCUCUGGGGGUAGUCGCCCAAAAUACUUUUGGGAAGAACUUAAAGUUCUUCAGUUUCCAUUUUCAGCAGGAGAAAGUGGAGUUAAGUUGGAUUCUUUAAUUCUUACCAAUCUUCCAUCUAUCAUUAUUUUUCUAACUUUUCCCAACAGCAUUCUAGGGUCUUGGAAUUCUAAUUCCACUGCCUGGGCGUUUAGUUCUCCUCUACAGUACCUUAAAGGUCUUUAUUUGUUUGGGUUUUUUCUUAUCGAACACCUAUCUCCAUUGAAGCUCCUUCUGUCACAGUUAUGUUCAGAUCGGGUGCCUGAGGGCUUCUGCUAUACAUUCUCUCGAAAUUCCUAACAGCCACGAGGUGAUCUCUUCACUCAAUUUGGUCUGUUGAUCUUGGAAAAUACAACUUUGGUCGCAGGUUUUUUGCAGUGAGAAUGGAGUCCCACCCUAAGGGAUUGCUUUGGAUAUCCCAGUUGUAAAGCACUGCCUCUAAUAUGAAGGGAAAAUCAAAAAUUUUUACUUACCGUAAAUUUCUUUUUCCAGAAGAUUAGAGGCAGUGCUCACCCCCCAAAUUUUUUAAUAGUCUGAGUGGUACGGUUAUUCAGCUUUUGUAAUUUCUGGGGAUGUCUUGAGUAGGAAGCAAUUUAUAAGGCCAAAGGUUAAUUGGGGGAGGUUCUUGAAAAGUGUGGGAGAUUGCCUGCCUGUUUUUUCCCUCCAGGUGAUGAAAUCCCAGUUGUAAAGCACUGCCUCUAAUCUUCUGGAAAAAUAAAUUUACGGAAGUAAAAUUUAUUUUACAUAUGUUAUUCUCCUAGUCUGGAUUAAUCAAGAGUUCCUCUGUAUGUGAAACAAUCUCAGCCCCCUUAUUUGGUACACUACUUCUCUUCCACGUACGUAAUUCUAUGUAUUCCAUUUUUUUUGUUGACAGUUGUAGUCUAGGCACACAAAGUUGUACCAACCAUUAAAUAUGGUUAAAUAAGUACAGAGUGAGCAAAAUAACAAUCUGUACUCUGCACUCUUUGCACCUGUUGCUUGAAGGUUUUAAACCUGGUUGCCAGGAUAUUUUUUUUUCUCCUAGGUGAUUUCUAGUACUGGAUGGAAAAUGUUAACCAUUGCAGAGAUGAUGCUUGUGCACACAUUGCUCGUAGAUCAGUCUUUCAUAAUUUUUGCUGUUUCAAUGUAAUUGCAACAGGCAUGUUGUGAUUUAUUGUGUGUUUAGAACACAUGUACAUUAACAGGUCUAGACAUGGCCUCCUUAGCAAAAGAAAUGUAAUGCUAUUCAAUAUCAGUCUUACGGUGGUCUUCUGGAAGCCUAAUGAACCAGAUUAUUUAUGUUCAAACCAUUCUAAAACUGUAUACAUACUAACAAUGGGAGCUGGGCACUCCUGGCACAAUAGCUAUUACCGUGUUUCUCCGAAAAUAAGACCGGGUCUUAUAUUAAUUUUAGUCACAAAAAACACACUAGGGCUUAUUUUCAGGGUAGGGCUUAUUUAUUUAUGGUACCGGUAUGUACAUUGAACAACAUUUAAACAACAUUUAAACAACUUUUCUCCACCCCCUUUAAUUAAUCCACCCCCUCUUUAAUAAAUCCACCCCCCUUUAUUUAAUCCACCCCCCUUUAAUUAAUCCAUCCCCCUCUAAUUAAUCCAUCCCCCUCUAAUUAAUCAACCCCUCUUUAAUUAAUCCAGCCCACCCUUUAAUUAAUUCACCCCCCUUUAAUUAAUUCAGUCCCAGACAUAAAAUAUCUACUCACAUUUCAAAGAUUCCUUGCCCACCGAUUCCGACCACUGGGUGCCUCACCGCCCGGAAAUGGAUCCUUCCGCUGAAGAUCCGUGAAGGCAGACUGACGGCGCUGCGAAAGGUCGUCAUCACGUUGCACGAUGCCGCGGCCCGCAACGCUCCUCCCCCUCCUCCUCAUAUGGUAGAAGAAGGAAGUCUCGCCGGGCCGCAAAGGUGCAAUGCCUAGGUCUUAUUUUCGGGGUAGGGCUUAUAUUGCAGCCCACCCCGAUAAUCUGGCUAGGGCUUAUUUUCGGGGUAGGGUGUAUUUUCAGGGAAACAGGGUACAGUGGAUUUCACAUGCUUAAUGUCACCUGGUGCAAAGAAUUUCAUCUCUGUAUUGUAUAGAUGAAAUGGAUUCAGUGAUACCGUGUGCCCACAGGUUUUUUUUUUUGUUUUUGUUUUUUAUUACCCAUUUUUAUAGUACCCUUUAUUUUUUUGUAAAAUAUGUACAUUUGAGUGUAUUUAUUUAAGGCACAUUUUGUAUGUUCUUUAGUAUAUCCAUAUUUACAAUAGCUUGUUUGUAUACAGUCACAAAGCUGUCCCUUAAUGUGUGUUUUAGUAUAAUACGUGUGCUAGUUUAUACUACUCUUAUGAUCUGAAGUUGUGGAAUUAACACUCCCCUGCUUUCCAGAAUGGACUAGUUUUUCCUAAUUGGCCUUUGCGUAAUCUGGUUUUCUCUGGAGCUAAAAAACAAAAACAAACUUGUGCAAAUGAUUCUUGAGUGAGUGCAAUGCAAAUUGUUUGUUUUUAGUGUAUUCUAAACCUUUCAAAUAAAGUUGUGGUCCAUGCAAACAGUACUUAUUGGGUUGAGCAAAGGAGCUGUCAUUGUCAAAUAUGUUACGGUUGUUUAACCCCUUAAGGACACGUCAUGAUUUCCUUUUAUUCCAGAUGUUUGGUCCUUAAUGGGUAAAGAAAAAAAUAUAUAUAUUUUAUAUAAAUUUUUUUCUCACUCAAAUAGUGUUUUAAAAAUAUUUAUUGAAUUUUUUUUAUUUAUUUUUUUAUAUGUAGGCAGCGUAUUAAAAGUGAUCAUUUACUUCUCAUGACUUUUAAAAUUGUUUAUUGGUUCUGAAAAAUAUAAUUGCAUAUGGAAAUGGGGAAACAGCUGUUUUGGACCUGAGCUCCACUAUCUGUGCUCCCUGUAAGUCAUUAUUGGGAAAACCAGCCUUUGUACCUGUAUGUCAACAUAAACCGAGAAUGGGAAAUAGAUUUAUCAAGAUGCUUUGUUAUAAAAGUGGUGCAAAAAUGGAAGCAGUUACAAGUAACAUAUGAUUGCUGGUUCACUGGUUUCCAUGGUUGUUGCUCUACUCUUAGUACUUUAGAACAGAACACUUUGAUAGUGCUCCCUCAAAGUUUUUUUACUCUUCCAGUAUAAUGAAUGUGUAUCUCUUAUUGUGCCAGGAGAGACCUGUAUUCCUAAAACUAUAAUGUCCCUCUGGUUCCCCUCCGGGUGCAAAAAAGGUUAAAAAUGCUUCUUACACUUACCUGAUUCCAGUGCCGAACAUGUUCCUCCUCUCACAUCUGCCCAUGAGGGAACCUCGGCAAGUUCCACCUGCACUUUAUACCUUCCCCAUAAGCAAACAUUGAAUUAAUGCUUCCCUGUGGGGGUUAAGAAAAUGGUGGGUGUCCACAUGCACAAGGACGUCCAGCGUUGAUUCAGAAUCAAACGCAGUGAAAGGCCAGGAAGCGCCUCUAAUGGCUGAUGGACUGUUUCUCUGAAUUGCAAUGUUUGCAGCUGCGAGACAUGCACCCAGACCAUUUUAAUGAGUUUAGUGUCCCUUUAAUAAUUUACUAUACAUGUGUUCUAUGAUGCGAUAAGCGUUUAAAUCUCAAACACUAAAAUGAGUGACUGUUGGAGUAUUUUUGUAACCAGUUUUUGCAGGUUAGUGGAAUACUGUAUGAAAAGCAACUAAAGAUAAACACGACAAGCAUUAGAUCCAUACUUGGCUCUGGAGCAUAACAAAGGCAGUGAAAAUUGGUAUACUAAAUUUUCUGUGAAAGCUGUGACUGCACAACAUGCUCAAAAUAGUCUCCAAUGUUUCAUGAACAAAACAGACUAAUUUUCACCCAACUAUAAACUUGAUGUACUGUGCAGUGCUGAUAUGUUUUUAUUUUCAGCAUUGACCAUUUUCUGAGCAUCUUUUUCUGUUUAAAGGUUUGUUUAUUUUCAGAAGCUUAAAGGGACACUAGUCACCAGAACAACUACAGCUUAAAGGAACACUAUAGUCACCUAAAUUACUUUAGCUAAAUAAAGCAGUGUUAGUGUAUAGAGAAUUCCCCUGCAAUUUCACUGCUCAAUUCACUGCCAUUUAGGAGUUAACCCCUUAAGGACGGAGCCAAAUGUACACGUUGUGAACGAAACAAAAUGUAAACAAAACCUGGCAUUUGCGCUACAUGUCUGUCCAACCGUAAUUCACCUCUUUCAUAUUAAAUGCACCCACCCUUAUUAUAUAUCAUUUUAUUCAGGGGAAACAGAGCUUUCAUUUAAUAUCAAAUAUUUAGCUAUGAAACAUAAUUUAAUAUGAAAAAAAUGGGAGAAAAUAAGAUUUGAUUUUUUUUUUUUUUUUUAACUGUCAAUGUCAUAAUACUGUUUGCUUUUACUGCAAUAAAAUACACAUAUUUGUAUUCAGCGAUGUCUCACGUGUACAGGUUUUAUAGCGUUUUGGGAAGUUACAGGGUCAAAUAUAGCACGUUACAUUUGAAAUUGAAAUUCGCCAGAUUGGUUACGUUGCCUUUGGGACUUUAUAGUAGCCCAGGAAUUAAAUUUACACCCAUAAUGGCAUACCAUUUGCAAUAGUAGACAACCCAAGGUAUUGCAAAUGGGGUAUGUCCAGUCUUUUUUAGUAGCCAUUUGGUCACAAACACUGGCCAAAGUUAGCGUUAGUAUUUGUUUGUGUGUGGAAAAUGCAAAAAAUGCCAAUUUUGGCCAGUGUUUGUGACUAAGUGGCUACUAAAAAAGACUGGACAUACCCCGUUUGCAAUACCUUGGGUUGUCUACUAUUGCAAAUGGCAUGCCAUCAUAGGGGUAAUUUUCAUUCUUGGGCUACCAUAGGAUCUCAAAGGCAACGUACCCAAUCUGGCGAAUUUUAAUGUGAAAAAAAUGAAACACAAGCCUUAUAUUUGAUGCUGUAACUUUUGAAAACACCAUAAAACCUGUACAUGAGGGAUACUGUUGUACUCGGGAGACUUCGCUGAACACAAAUAUUUGUGUUUCAAAACAGUAAAAAGUAUCGCAGGAAUAAUAUCGUCCGUGUAGGUGCUGUUUGUGUGUGAAAAAUGCAAAAAAGUCACUUUUACUGGCGAUAUCAUUGUUGUAAUACAUUUUACUGUUUUGAAACACUAAUAUUUGUGUUUAGCGAAGUCCCCCGAGUAGAACAGUACCCCCCCAUGUACAGGUUUUAUGGUGUCUUGGAAAGUUAUAGGGCUAAAUAUAGUGCUAGCAAAUUAAAUUCCCUUUACUUUCAGCAUGGGUUGUCAGGCAGGUAAUUGUAAUUAAUUAAGAUACCCAAUUAUGUAAAAUUAUUGCAUAAAUAUAUAUGUAGAAUUAAUGUGUGUGUGUGUGUGUGUGUGUGUGUGUGUGUGUGUGUGUGUAUAGAAAUAUAUAGAUAUAUAGAGAGAGGGGGAGAUAUGUAUAUAGAUAUAUAUUUCGUUCUACGUGUAUUUUGAUAUAAAUAUAUAUAUUAUCACAAAACAGAACGAAAUAACACACAUCUAUAUAUUUAAUUAUUUUUUGAUUUUUUACUGUAUUUACAUAUUUUUUUUUUUAUAUAUAUUUUAUAUAUAUAUAUAUAUAUAUAUAUAUAUAUAUAUAUAUAUAUAUAUAUAUAUAUAUAUAUAUAUAUAUAUAUCAAUAAUUAUAUAUAAUCCGUAUCAGUCUACGUGUAAUUUGAUAUUAAUAUAUAUACACAUUAAAGGACCACUCUAGGCACCCAGACCACUUCAGCUUAAUGAAGUGGUCUGGGUGCCAGGUCCCUCUAGGAUUACCCCCCCCUUUUUUAUAUAUAUAUAUAUAUAUAUAUAUAUAUAUAUAUAUAUAUAUACACACAUACAUACAUAGCAGUUUCAGAGAAACUGCUAUGUUUAUAAAUGGGUUAAUUCAGCCUCCAAAUCCUCUAGUGGCUGUCUCAUUGACAGCCGCUAGAGGCGCUUGCGUGCUUCUCACUGUGAAAAUCACAGUGAGAAUACGCAACCGUGCAUAGGAAAGCAUUGUAAAUGCUUUCCUAUGAGACCGGCUGAAUGCGCGCGCAGCUCCUGCCGCGCAUGCGCAUUCAGCCGAAGAGGAGGAUCGGAGAGGAGGAGGAGAGUUCCCCGCCCGACGCUGGAAAAAAGUAAGUUUAUCCCCUUUCCUCUCUCCAGAGCCCGGUGGGAGGGGGACCCUGAGGGUGGUGGCACCCUCAGGGCACUAUAGUGCCAGGAAAACGAGUGUGUUUUCUUGGCACUAUAGUGGUCCUUUAAGCUAAAGUUGUUCAGGUGACUAUAGUGUACCUUUUUAAUGUAGUUGUUCUGGUGAGUAUAAUUCCCUUCAGGCAUUUUCAUAUAAACACUGCCUUUUCAGAGUGCACAGUAAGCAGCUCUGCAGUUCAGCGUCCCCACGCUCUACAUGGAGACGCUGAAUUUUCCUCAUAGAGAUGCAUCUCUAUGAGGAGGUCCUGAUUGGCCAAAAUGGCAUUUGGCCCCGUCACCAUGCCGAUUUGCACAAAUCAAAUGCUUUCCCUAUGGGAAAGCGUUGGAUUGGCUAAAAAGCAACUAUUUUGAUGUCACAAAGGGGGUGGUGCCAGCUCCGAAAGAACCGCGCAGCGCUGGGAAUAAGGGGAGUUUUAAACUUUUAUAGUGGGGGCAAGCCACCUAAAUGAUGGGUUUAGCACUAUAGGGUCAGGAAUACAUGUUUGUGUUCAUGACCCUAUAGUGAUCCUUUAAAUGAGUAUUGUUCUCAUUCUGUUCUCUAAAAACUAAAGUUAACUUCAAGAAAAUGUAAAUGUCUUUAAAAAAAUGUUUGGCAAAAUCACAAGUGUAUGGGAGGAAUGCAUUCCGGAGUCUACAGCUCAGGAAUAUGUCACAUCUUUUAUUCACACCAUUUGUUUAUUUAUUUUUAUUCUUACUUUCUGUGGUCCAGAGUACUGACUGAACUUCAAAUACAAUGUUUUCCAAAUAUAUAUAUAUAUAUAUAUAUAUAUAUAUAUAUAUAUAUAUAUAUAUAUUUUAACUAUUUUAGUUGUUUAUCUAGUUUUUAUGACGUGUUUGCACUUUGUCUAACCACAACUAUAUCUCAAAAGUUUGUGAAUUAUCCCUUUAAAACUCCUCUUGUAAAAAACAUAAUGGAUGCCUUUCUGAUGAAAAGAUUUGUUUUCCUCUUCUACGCAAAGUAGCAAGAACAAAUUUAAUGGAAUAAAAUUCUCAAAUUGAGACACCCCAUUUUUAAAUGCUUCAAAUCGAUAAUACAUAAAAUCAAUGUUGAUUAUUUUUAAACUUCCCAAAAAUACUGUUAUUGCACAGAUAGUGUCAGUGGCAGACAGACUCCUUUCUGACCUGCCGCACCAAUCCGGAAUCUCUUUUGGUUUGUGAUCUCAUGUUAUUCCAUAUUCCUUUGAACAAGAGUUUGAGAUAAGUAGUUUAGUUUAUCCCUUCUCUGCAGGAUUGAUUUCCUGUGAUAUGACUGGGCUGUUGGCACCCAAUGCUGAAUUUUUCCCUCCUGAGUAUUCUCUGCAACCAAAGUAACUGGCCACAGUUUUGUAAGAGUGAUGUGGGGAUUAGACAUUGGCAUGUCCAUGGCUCCUGCUUUUCUAGAAAGGCUACCAGUUGUGUGGAAUUGAUACUUAAAAUUUCAGUAGGAGUUAAAAACACAUUGAGCGCUAGCAGAUCGGCCAUAUUACAGGAAGGUAGAGGAAUAGGAAGGGAAUUACCCAAAGCAGGUUGAAGAGUAGAAGGGAAAUGGCUUUUUAAAAUAGAUAGAGAUAUAUAUAUAUAUAUAUAUAUAUAUAAUCUCAAACAUCCUGAGCUCAUAUUAAAGGUAAUUAAGUCCCAAGUAAGAGCCGUACCAACACCAAAAGAGGGAUUAAUUAUAAAUGUAUUAUAGUGUUUUUCUUGUUAUAUUCUUUCUCCAUAUUUGCCAGGCCUGUUUUUUGUUUUUUUUCCUGUGUUUUAUCCAGACUAUCAGCGUGUGAAGUAUCAAAUUCAAAACACAUGAAUGUUUUGGAUUUUGUUUUAUUAUUAACCUAGUAAAGUAUACAAAUAUUUCGCAGCGUGAGAGUUCCCAGUGUACUGCACUUUUUUUUUUUUUUUUUGUCUAAAAACAUGAAAUAGAAAAUAGUGUGCCCAUUUAAAUGCUUAGGACUGUGGCACAUGCAUGCAUUUGUGCUAAAUUAUCCUGUAAACUCCUUUUCAUGCAGUAAGAGUUGCAAUAGCAUAAAAGAUACUACAAAAACCUGUCACUAACAUAAUUUUAUUCAAACCAUAGUGCUUCCGUUUAAAAAAAUAUAUCAGUUAAUAACCCCCUCUCUCUAUUUUGUUUUAAAGGUUGUCUAGUUUGUUUUAUUCAGACUGCCCCCUAACAAGAUAUUUGUACUGUACCUAAAUCAUAGUGCCCACAUAAUUACUGACAUUGCAAUCUCCUAUAUGAUAUUUAUCAACAUGUUAAAUACUGCUGAUGGACAGUGGAAGAUGUUGAUGCAUGCACAAUCCUGCAAAUCUGAUCAUUCUAAACCAACUUUACAUUCAGUUGGAUACCUUACAUAUAAUGCUGCAGUGGGUGUUUGCAAUAGUUUACCUUUCAAGAGUUAGAGCCUGAGCAGACUGAAAAUCACAAACCUCUUCCAAUCAACUGUUUACUAACAAUUUCUAGUUAAUCAGUAACUCCAUUUAAAGGACAAAUAAGCGCUGGAACUACAAUCGACAAAAUUGAUAACCUAAUAAAUACAUGUGCGUUUUACCCGACUUUUCAGUUUGUUUACCUUAAAUGAGCAGUCCAGCACAGGGUUAGGCAACCUUCAUCAUCAACUUAUUGUGGACUACAUCUCCCUUAAUGCUAUGCUAGCAUUAUGGCUGUAAGAGGAUUAUGGGAGAUGUAGUCCACAACACAUGGAAUGACAAAGGCUGUACACCCCUGCUCUAGCAUUAAAAAUAUUUGUUUUGGCACCACCUAGAUUUUGCUCACUAAAAAUCCAGAUCCAGACACUCUUCCUAGCAGCCACUCCUGCCCCUCUGAUAUCAUCCAUGCAGAUAGGGACCUACUUACUGGGCAGGUGACUCUAUCACCACACUCUGUGAAGCAUUCCAAGUGUGUUGCUACAUUUAACAUGAAGACUUACAAUUUUGAACGUCUUCAUAUGACAGAUGUAAACUUUCUCUCAAACAAAAUUUGUCGGAGUUCAGGAACACAAGUAUUUGCACCAAAACUGCUCUUAAGACGUGGUUUUGGUUCUUUGUUUCUUUAAAAACAAACACUGCUUUGCCCAUAUGGAAAAUAGUUUAAUGGCACACUGGUUACCUGUUGGCAUCAUUAAUAUACUUGGCUGUAUUAAAAUAAAUAAAUUGAGAUGCCAGGUCUAGGUUUAUCGUGGUAGCUUUCGAAAUCCUGAGAACAAAUCCAUGUGUUCAAAGCCUAUCACAUCAAAAAGACUUGACUGUAAUUUCUGCCAAAUGUUCUACAACAAACUACUGCGUUAAGGGAUAGAAUACUUAUGUCAAUGUGACAUUUCAGUUUUUAUUUUUUUAAUGUAUUUGCAAAUAAUCUCAUUCUAGGGGUUUGUGUAGAUUGAUGUGAAGGAAAAUAAUUGAAACAGUUGUAGCAUAAGGCUGCAACAUAAAGUGGACAAGAAUUACUUCUGAAUGCACUGUAUGCGAGUAGGUGGGUUUCGAAGUUACCCGCAGAUUAUUGUGCCUAUCCUUAUUUACGUUGAAGGAUUUUAUUACAGUGGGUUUGUUACUUGUGGUAAUAUUUCAGCCUCUUCCAGUUAUCUUCUGAGAUAUUGAUGUAGAUUAACUGAUUAGCAAUCCCAUCAUUAAGCCCCACCUGUGAGAAUAGCAUUUAUAUAUUUUCUAGUGCUGUUUGCUGCCUUUUUCUAAUCUUGCUCUUUAUUUUACUCUUGCAGUGUAGAGAUUGGUGAAAGUGUAAGAGGUGAAGAUGUCUACAUCGUACAGAGUGGUUGCGGUGAAAUCAAUGACAACCUAAUGGAGCUGCUUAUAAUGAUUAAUGCUUGUAAGAUCGCUUCUUCAUCCCGGGUAACUGCUGUUAUUCCGUGUUUUCCAUAUGCUCGGCAAGACAAAAAAGAUAAGGUAAGCAACUGAGUUGUCACAUACGGAACUGAAGAGAAGGUCGUUUGUGUGUAUAUUUAAAGUUCAAAAAAAUCCAAAUAGGUUAUGGUGGAGAAAAAUUACGAUUUGAAAACCCCUUCCACCUGAAGUCUGUGGAUAGUUAAUACAAGGUUAAACAAAAAUCUAUACACUAGUCAAGCCAUAUGACUUGCUUUUCCCACAGAAAUCAGAAAUCUGCAGUGAUGUUACUACCGCAAAGUAUUAGUUUAACAAAGAAUCAAAUUUUUGCCUCAUUCCAUUAUCAACAUGGAUUCCUUUGAGUCUGUGUUUGCUGUAUACAACAGCUUUGAAACACAACUUAGGAAAAGAUGCAAAGCCAGUAAACCACUCUCUGACAGCUGUUUCGUUUACGUUAGAUAGACAUAGUGGAUAGAGCACACUAUGAAUAUUAAGCUAUGUAAAACUAUUCUUUCUCUUAAUCUAUAAUAGUUCCUCUCCAUUUGAUUCACUGUCAUUUGCCUACUAUUACCAGCCUCCCUUUGCCCCUGUUGUGAGUGAGACGUCAUGAAGCUGUGCUUUGACUAAUUCUGAACCAUGCAUCUCCAUCAUAGCUCAUUCUGCAGUUUUGCAGGCGGGCAGGAUUUUAAACCAAACUGGCAUCCUAAAUCAUUUUAGCAAGAGCCACAGCUGAGCUGGGAUUAUUGAUGCUAGCAUACGGUUAGCUCCGUUCAUAUUUGCUGCUUACCACCUCCUGAUGCUUUUCUAUUAAAGGUAUACUAUAGUGCUAUAAAUACAAACCUGUAUUCUUAACACUGUAGCGCCCUUUGCCCGCUCUCCAUCCCUCCCCUGACAUUGAAAGGGUUGUUAAACCCGUUCUGUACUGACCUGAUUCCAGGGCCAAUCUCCCUUCGGCGUGGUUCGGCGCUCUGUCACCAGAUGGGGUGGGCGCUAAUGCGCUUGUGUGGUAAUGCUUUUCUAUGGGGACUUUACUGACGCUGGAUGUCCUCAUGCAGAGUGUGAGGAUGUCCCAUGUCAGGCGAGCAAAACCCACCUAACAUGCAAAAAGUGUCUAAAGUGGUUUUCUGACAAUCUUAACCUUCAGUGUAGUAUACUUGUAUUCGUGUUGUACACUAGCACACACAUAUGUGUAAUUUAUUGCAGUAACAGCUAACAGAAUUAUGACAUUAACAAUUAAAAUGCAUGCAGAACUUAAUAUAACAAAAUGUCUUAAUUUCUCACACUAAUUUAUUCAAUGAAAAAAGUAAAUUAUGGUUGAACAGACAUUAAGUCAAAUUCUAGGUUUUGGUUCAGAACUUGUACAAUUGCCUCUUCCCUUAAGGGUUUAAAAUACAUCAGAAACUGUAUUAAAGGACCACUCUAGGCACCCAGACCACUUCAGCUCAAUGAAGUGGUCUGGGUGCCUGGUCCAGCUAGGGUUAACCCAUUUUUUCAUAAACAUAGCAGUUUCAGAGAAACUGCUAUGUUUAUGAAUGGGUUAAGCCUUCCCCUAUUUCCUCUAGCGGCUGUCUCAUUGACAGCCACUAGAGGCGCUUGCGUGCUUCUCACUGUGAUUUUCACAGUGAGAGCAUGCCAGCGUCCAUAGGAAAGCAUUAUGAAUGCUUUCCUAUGUGACCGGCUGAAUGCGCGCGCAGCCUGCCGACAGGGCGGAGAGGAGGAGGAGAGCUCCCCGCCCAGCGCUGGAAAAAGGUAAGUUUAAACCCCUUUCCCCAUUCCAGAGCCGGGUGGGAGGGGGACCCUGAGGGUGGGGGCACCCUCAGGGCACUAUAGUGGUCCUUUGAGUAUUUUUGCAAUUAAAUACGGUUCACGAUGUCAUGAAUUGCGUAAGCUGGAUUGAUCUCACCAAGCUUUGUUGUUUUAUAAUGUAAAACAUGUAGUACUACAUAUUUUGAAGAUUUAUUUUUGGUUCAGGACACACAGGUUUAAAGGGACACUAUAGUUACCAGAACUACUACCAGUUGUUCUGGUGUCUACAGCCAAUCCCUGCAUGCAUUUUAAUGUAAAUGCUAACUUUACAGAGAAAGAACUUCUACUAUAAGUGCAAUCCAGGUCAGCAGCACUGAUGUGCAGGAAGAUGCUGAACACUUGCCAUACAGAUGCAUUGAUUCAACACAGCAUUUUGCCGCGCAUGCACAAGAGCCUCCCAAUGCUUUUCCUCGUCUUCCUAUCGUCAAAUAUGAUCUCAUCCAGGGAGGCACAUUAAGACCAGCUCUGGCACUGAUGAAAGGAUACACAAAAUACCUUUUCAAAGGGAGGCAAGGGGUCACCUAAAGAGGUUGUUUUUUUUUUACACUAUAGUGUCAGGAGUAAAUACAUGUUUCUGUUCUGACACUGUAGUGUUCAUUUAAGAACAUGUGCAAUACUAUGAGGUGUACUGUGUCCUGUACAUUUAGCAGAAUGGAUGCAUUUGGUUAAGAGAUAAGAGCUGCAGCCUAAAUUUACCAAGUGCAAAUAUAGUGCCCUAAAUAAUGACAUUGACAUACUUAAUUUUCAUGAAAGUUUCAUAAGAUGCACAGUUUAAAAGACUCUCCCAAAAUCGUCUUUCUUCUUAAAGACAGUUUGACAACAAAUGUGAGUUACUGUUGAGUUAUGGUUCUUGGAAUGUACUAUUAGUACUUUGUGCAAUUUAAUUGCGUUGCUGACCCUUUCUGUCAAGUGAAAAGAUGCACUCAACUGAUGUAGAUAAAGCUGAAUGAGAGUGUUCGCUUUAGUUAUAUCAAAAUAACUAACUGGAAGGGCAGUCUGGCCCUGGGAAGCCAGGUAAAUGUUAAAGGACCACUCUAGGCACCCAGACCACUUCAGCUUAAUGAAGUGGUCUGGGUGCCAAGUCCAGCUAGGGUUAACCCAUUUUUUCAUAAACAUAGCAGUUUCAGAGAAUGGGUUAAGCCUUCCCCCUAAUCCUCUAGUGGCUGUCUCAUUGACAGCCACUAGAGGCGCUUGCGUGCUUCUCACUGUGAUUUUCAGUGAGAGCACGCAAGCGUCCAUAGGAAAGCAUUAUGAAUGCUUUCCUAUGUGACCGGCUGAAUGCGCGCGCAGCUCUUGCCGCUCGUGCGCAUUCAGCCGAAUGGGAGGAACGGAGGAGGAGAGCUCUCCGCCCAGCGCUAGAAAAAGGUAAGUUUAACCCCUUUUCCCCUUUCCAGAGCCGUGCGGGAGGGGGACCCUGAGGGUGGGGGGCACCCUCAGGGCACUAUAGUGCCAGGAAAACAAGUAUGUUUUCCUGGCACUAGAGUGGUCCUUUAAACCAUUCAAAACAGUUUGACUACUUACAAUGGGAUUGCAUUAGGGGUCUCCUGGCCUAGAAUAUCUAUUUGCAGAAUCACCUGAGCACAUCAGUUAUGUUUGUGUGUGUGUUUGUUUUUGUAUUUUUGUUUUUCCUUUUUAUACAGAUUGUAAGUAUUGCAGAUUUCUGUUGGCUAAGUUUUUACAAUAGUUGUUUUUACUGUGUAGUACUAACUUUUAUAUAAAGGUUUGUUUCUCUAGACAUCCAAAGCGUAACAAGAUGAUGAAACAUUUUCAAGGUCCUUUUUACAAGUGUAAACAUUGAUUUACCAGGGAUGUUUUUGAACCAAUAUAGAUAACCUCCAACCUGUGGGAACAAAAUCUCAAGCAACUUUUGUGUAUUUAAAGUGUCUGCUAUGCGAAGACCAGAAAUACUGAGCUAAAGGAAAAAGAAAAAAAAUUGUAUCCAUUCUUAAAAUUAAGCAAAACAUUAACAUUUCAAUGACAAAGUGGAGUGAGGAAAAAAGAGGGGUGUAUAGAGACUGCAGUCUGUAAAUAGAACAACCUAAAACCUGUUAAUUCAUCAUAUACACAAAAUAAACCUAUAUGUAAAUGACACAAAAAGUAAUAUAGGGUGAAACCAAUCUAAAAUAUAGACAUCCUAAAACUCUGUAUGAGGUAGACCAGUGCAGAAAAAUAUAUUAAAGUAUAGAAUAUAAAUUGAGUAUUAAUGUUCCAGAAUAAUAAGAAAAGUCUUUAAUCUUGAUAUAAUAAAUGGAAUCCGUAGUAUGUUGCCUUUAAAGGACCACUCUAGGCACCCAGACCACUACAGCUUAAUGAAGUGGUCUGGGUGCCAGGUCCAGCUAGGGUUAACCCAGUUUUUAAUAAACAUAGCAGUUUCAGAGAAACUGCUAUGUUUAUUAAUGGGUUAAGCCUUCCCCCUAAUCCUCUAGUGGCUGUCUCAUUGACAGCCACUAGAGGCGCUUGCGUGCUUCUCACUGUGAUUUUCACAUUGAGAGCACGCCAGCGUCCAUAGGGAAGCAUUAUGAAUGCUUUCCUAUGUGACCGGCUGAAUGCGCGCGCAGCUCUUGCCGCGCGUGCGCAUUCAGCCGACGGGGCGGAACCGAGGAGGAGAGCUCUCCGCCCAGCGCUGGAAAAAGGUAAGUUUAAACCCCUUUCCAGAGCCGGGCGGGAGGGGGUCCCUGAGGGUGGGGGCACCCUCAGGGCACUAUAGUGCCAGGAAAACAAGUAUGUUUUCCUGGCACUAUAGUGGUCCUUUAAACCAUUCAAAACAGUUUGACUACUUACCAUGGGAUUGCAUUAGGGGUCUCCUGGCCUCUCUGAAACUGCUAUGUUUAUGAAAAAAAUGGGUUAACCCUAGCUGGACCUGGCACCCAGACCACUACAUUAAGCUGAAGUGGUCUGGGUGCCUAGAGUGGUCCUUUAAUUGCAGGGGGAAAAAACAUUAAUUCUGUUUGUGGUAAUCUUUAUUCCCUCCUUUUCUGGCAAUAGAUUUUUUUUUUUCAAUACCUUGUCUUUCUUAAAGGAACACUAGGCACCCAGCCCACUUCAGUUUACUAAUUCCCACAUCUCUUAACACUACGAAGGUAAUUAUUGCAGUUUUUAAGAAACUUCAAUAAUUACCUUUCAGGUUUAACUCUCCCUUUAGUGACUGUCUACCAGACAGCCACUAGAGGUGUCCGGGUUCUUAGGCGACUUUUGAUGUUUGGGAGACCCGGCGUCACUCAAAAAUCCAUAGGAAAGCAGUCUGUCUUGUAAUUUUAUCCUUUAGUAAUAUCUAGUAAUGUUUAAAUUGCAAUAAAUGUGUUCUCUCUCACGUGAUAAAAAAAAUGUCGGUGGACAAGAGUCUUUAGACAGGUUUUCAAUACUGAAGCCAGGCAGACCUAUUUAGUAAUUUAGCAUAGUUUGCUAAUAUGAAAAUAGUCUUUGCUUUGUGUUUUUCUUGCCUUUUUCUUUUCCUCCCAAGUUUAUAUACCAUUGUGUGAAUAAUUGUAGUGGUAGAUUUAAGUGUACAUGGUAUUUGUGUUAGUGUGCAGGUUGUUAGGGUUGAAGGGUAUAAUAGCCAUUUUAAUGACUCCUAUGAUUAUUGGUAGUCUGAGUGCAGGAUUAAUUUCUGUGGGGUUUUUAUUUGCUUAUUAUUUUCUUUUGUAUUACACAGCCAUGUUAUUCUGCUUCCAUAAACUGCCAUGUAUAAUUUUAGAAGAUUAGAUAGUAAACCUAAUUAAACUUCACUUUUAGCUAUAGAAUAUAACAACAAUGAAUGUGAUAACAUUGUUUUUUUGUUUUUUUUCUUUAAACAUUUUUCAUUCAUUUAUUUUCUUUUUAGAGUCGAGCUCCAAUAUCUGCCAAAUUGGUUGCAAACAUGCUUUCGGUUGCUGGAGCUGACCACAUUAUUACCAUGGACCUUCAUGCUUCUCAGAUACAGGUAUUCUUAUAAAAAUGAAUCCCAUAUAAAUAGUGUGUGUGUGCGUUCGUUCUGCACCCAGGCGCUACAUCAUAGCACAAAUCAAGAGGGUGAUGCACUCAUUAUUUAGAAAAUUUAGCAGUUUGAGUAAAUCAUAUUAAAAUAUAACGAAGAUCUAUAUAUACACUGAUCAGUCUGCCAAGACAGCUCUGAUGCGUCGAGGCAUUGACUCAACAAGACCUCCCGACGGGUCGUGUUAUCUGGCACCAAGAUAUUAGCAGAAUAUCCUUUUAAGUCCUGACAUUUGUGAGGUACAGUUACCAUGGGUUGGAUUUUUUUUGUACCAGCACAUUCCACAGAUGCUCAAUAGGAUUUAAGAUCUGGAGAAUUUGGAAGCCAAGGCAGCAUCUUGAAGUGAUGGUUAUGUUCCUCAACCCAUUCCUGAGCAUUUUUCUUUUGAAGUAGGCCACUGCUAUCAGGAAACACAAUUGCCACGAACUGGUGUACGUAGUCUGCAAUAAUCUCUAUGUAGGUGGUAUGUGUCAAAGUAACAUCCACAUAACACUGCCUCUGCUGGACUGCCUUCUUUCCAUAGUGCAUCCAGCUGUCGUCUCUUUGACCUAGCCAUCUAUCUGAUCUAAUUGAAAUUUGAUUCAUCAGACAAGACAACCUUCUUCCAUUGCUCCGUGGUCCUGUUCUGAUGCACACAUCCCCAUUGGAGGCACUUUCAAUAGUGGACAGGGGUAAUCAUGGGCGCUCUGACUGGUCUGCAGCUAUGCAGCCCCAUACACAGCAAGCUGCGAUUCACUGUGUGUUCUAACACCCUUCUAUCAUGGUUAGCAUAAUGUUUUAAGCAAUUAGUUACAGUAGCUUUUCUGUUUGAUUAAACCAGACAGGCUAGCCCACCCUCUGCACAUGCAUCAGUGAGACUUGGGCGCCCAUGACCCUGACUCCUGUUCACCAGUUGUCCUUCCUUGCACUACUUUUGGUAGGUACUAACCACUGCAUUCCAGGAACACCCCACAAGAAUUGCUGUUUUGUAGAUGCUCUGACACAGACAUCUAGCCAUAACUUUGACACUUGUCAAAGUCCCCCAGAUCUUUACAUUUUUCCUGUUUCCAGGACAUACAAUUCAAGAACUGACCACUUCCUGUCUUAGCUGGGAACUUUGGGAUACUAUUGAAAACAUGAUCUUUAGAGUUUGUGUCGAAGUGUGACUUCUCAAAGUCCAACUUGAGAUGCUGGUGAUGCAGUAAAAUGCCUAUCUUUUUAAACUAUAUUUCUGCAUGCUUGCUACGUACGUAUGUAUGUUUAUAACAAUUUAUGAUGAACUAUCUGUUAAAGAGUUACUCCAAGCAUCAUAACCACUACAGCCCAUUCUAGUGAUUUACAAUGCUUGGAAUAUUUGGUUUGCUGAUUACCUGGGACCCGCCAGGCACUGAACCUCCCCCCAUGGUGGCUGAAUUGCAUCCAGUUUCUGCAAAGAUACAGAAGAUUGGAUGCCUCAGUGAAUGCAGUCGCACAGAAUUGACAACCUGUAAUGCUGCUGGGGUGACAGGUAGCCUAAAUACCUAGUACGUGCAGUUUCGUACUGAAAACUCUGCACAUACAGGUUCAUUGCACCAUGAGCACUUCAAAUCACUGAAGUAAUCAUUGUACUUGGAGUAGUCAUUUAAUCUUCUGAAAAUGUGGGAAAUUUAUAACGCCUGUCACAAGUGGUAGCUUUCUCUUGGCAAUACAGUCUGACUAAUUUCCUUCAAUCUCUGUAGAUGUUGCUACCUGGUUAAGUCUAAAAUCUGUGCUCUAACAGUGUGGGGUGUAAGCCAUCUUUGUCUUAUAUUGUAUUAACUGUUGCUUCCUAUGUUUUGUUUUGACUGUUUCUUUUAUUACAGGGCUUCUUUGACAUUCCCGUAGAUAAUUUGUAUGCUGAACCUGCAGUUCUACAGUGGGUCAGGGAAAAUAUUCCUGAAUGGAAAAACUCAAUUAUUGUGUCUCCUGAUGCUGGUGGAGCUAAAAGGUAGAGUUCAUUAUUUUUAGGAUACUGAAAAUGGGAAUUAGAGAGAAUCCGUCUGGAAGGAUAGAUACAGGUGUCAAUACACCUGUUCCAUUAUGUUGAAAUUAUUGUACAAUAUAUCUUCACUGUGGGUUCUUUAGAUUAAAAGAUAUUGCUCUCGUAAAGGGUAUUAUUCCCUUCAUGUUGAGAUCGGAACAUGAAUAUGUGAGAUGCUUUUCUAGGGUUUGCUUUCCCUUCAUCUCCUGCACAAUAAAGUGUACAUUUUGCAAAGUGCAUUUAAGGAAAGGACCAUGCUUAGAAGAAAGCAAUGAUUUUAAAGCAGAUUAGGGGGGCAAAACUUGAUAUAUGGUUAAAGAAAACAUGAAAUAUGAGCAAAAAAUCAUUGUGCUCUCAGAAUCAUGGUUAACAGCUAAAAUACCAGACACCGCCAUUGCAAUACAGGGUUAUUCAUGUUUUAGAAAUGACAGAGCAAAGAGAGGAGGAGGCAUUGUUAUUUAUGUUGACAAUUCCAUAAAGUUUACCCCUUUACAAAACCUUAGUCCUCCUGCCACCUUUGAUUUCCUUUCUGGCACAAUUGAGAUCCCGUGCAGUAAAUCAAUCAUUGUUGCAGGAAUCUACCGCCCACCUAGCUCCCCUGUGCAUUCCCUUUCUGACAUAGCCCAUCUCCUUAGUGAAACCAUAGCUCAAAACCCAAAAAGUGAACUGUUGGUCUUUGGAGAUUUUAAUAUUGAUUGGCUGAACCCUAAAAAUAAUAGUCCUUGCACUCUGUUUAAGACUUUGCAGCUAACACAAUUAAUCUCCUCCCCAACUCGCAUAAACAUUAAAAGACAUUAAUAACCAUACCCUGCUCGAUUGGAUUCUCUCCACUUCUCCUGAUAGAAUCCAGGAGGCAGGUGUUCUCCCAAACACGUUCAGUGAUCACUGUUUAGUGUACUGCGUGCGCAAAAUAAAGGCUAUUAAAUCCUCUCCCAAGGUUAAAAUAACUAGGUCCUUCAAAAAAUUUAAUCUUAAAUCCUUUUUAAAUGACAUCAAGAAUCUCUCAUGGCACAGAUUAAACAUUAUCCCAGAUCCAGACUGUGCUGUUGAAUACUUUCAGUCUGAACUCCUACAAAUUUGGAAUUUGCAUGCCCCGCUGCGUAAGGUGAGGGAUUCUUUGUGGUCAAAGUUUAAGCGUACUGGCUCUAUGAAUGAUCACGGUGCAUAUAGACAAUGGCGAAAUAUAUGCACAAAACUGGCCAAGGCCCAAUAGUUCUAUGAAAAUCUGAACAGUAACAUCUCAAACCCUAGAAACUUUUGGAAAGACAUAAAUAAACUACAAACUCCCCCGAACCACUCCCAACCCUCCACUGUCAAAGUGGGUAACCAAACCCUGCAACUUCCCUUAGAUGUAGCAAAUGCCUUUAACAAUUAUUUUGUCGGAUGCUCUACUGCCCUGAUUGCCAAGCUAAUAAAUGACACGCAUCCUGAAACUACAAAUGUGGAUCAGGUCACACUAAAUUUGCAAAGGCCCAAUAUAGACAAGUUUAUUUUUAGACCUGUACCUGUUAGUGUCAUUAAAAAACAUCUUAAUAAUCUAAAAAUGAAAAACCAGUCCGGACCUGAUCAAAUCCCAGCAAUGCUGUUGAAGCUCAGUGCGCCGGCAAUUGCUAAACCCGUCUCAACUCUAAUUAACGAAUCCUUGGUGUCUGGAUACAUACCCAAACUUUGGAAGACUGCGAGAGUAGUGCCUAUCCAUAAAAGUGGUGACACUACUUUGGUUUCUAACUAUCGCCCAAUAUCAUUGCUCCCGGUAUUGUCAAAAAUCUUAGAAAAAUGUGUCCAUACGCAACUUUGUGAGUAAUACCAACAAUUAAACUAUCUGACCCCUGAUCAAUCGGGCUUUCGCCAGAAUCACUCCACGACAACUGUCCUCCUAAAAGUUUGCAAUGACAUCCAAACUGGCAUGGAACAAGGAGCCCUAACUGGAGCUCUUUUCCUUGAUUUUGCUAAGGCCUUUGACACAGUAGACCACGACAUUCUACUGCACAAACUCAAAAAAUCAGGUAUUGGUGAUCAUUCUCUAAACUGGUUUCAAUCGUAUGUAUCGAAUCGCUCGCAAUAUGUGUCCAUUUCUGACAGUGACUCCCUCCCUCUCCCAGUCACGUGUGGUGUUCCCCAGGGUUCCAUUCUCGGCCCCCUACUAUUUACAUUAUUUAUAAAUGAUCUGCCUAAUGUCUGCCAAUCCUCAAAUGUACACUUAUGCGCGCAAAUCCAAUCUACCGCAACUUGAGGCUGUGCUCCAAGACCAGUUUACAGAGGUAGAAAAGUGGAUCACAAAAAACAAACUCUUCCUGAACACUGACAAAACUGUCACAAUGAUCUUUGGAACAGUACCUAAAUUACACAAUUCCCACCUAUCCAUCAAAAUAAAUUCAAAUGGCACACUGACCGCAGUCCACUCUUUCAAAUACUUGGGUAUGAUAUUAGACCCCAAUCUAUCUUUUGGCCUGCACAUAGAAAAGCUUGCAUCUAAACUUUAUCCCAAAUUAGGUGCCCUGUACAGAAACAAAGCCUGCCUAAGCCCUACAGUAAAGGAAAAGAUUGUACAGCAAAUCUUCAUCGCAAUCCCACAUUAAUAAACUCAACUCAUUGUAUAACUCGUUCUGCCGAUUUGUGCUACAAUGUAAUUACAGGACCCAUCAUUGUGACAUGCUAAAAGAACUAAACUGGCUAUCGACAUACUUGAAAACGAGAGAAAUCUCAAUGUAUCUUUCCUGUUAAAAUAUUUUAUAAAUAAAUAAUAUACUGAAUUUUUGCUUUUGCAGAUGAUUCAUCAUCCAUAAAGAUUUUUGUAUUCUUAUAUGAAAGUGAUUCUUUUCACUUCCAGUUUGAGAAUUUAGAAAAUAACUUUUAGCCACAAGAGUAGAGAAAAGAGAACUAUCAAAUCUGAUAAUACUGUAACAACGUGUCAAAGGUGAUUGUUACAGUUGAUAGUACUUUCCAAAUAGUAGACAUAAAAGUAUUGCUACUAUAAUUGACAGAAAGUGCUUCCAAUAUAUAUCCAGAGUAUUCCUGGUUAAAUGAAGGAAAGAAAAAAACAUAUGUCUGCUGCACUGGGACUAUUCUAAUAUGUCUCAAGUGUCUCAUAACUUUCUAAGUAACCGGAACAUAAUCUGGGGCUAUGAUUUUCGAAGAACACUUUUAAAAAUGUCCCAAAUGUUCUUAAUCAAGCUUGAAGAGAUAUAAGAAAACACGUCUACUAUAAUAGGUUGUAAUCAGAAAUAAACAGAAAGUAGACAGCGUAAACAAAGCCGUUCAAUAUGGCUGUUAAUCUGUGGUCGGAUAGGCUGAACCGUCCGGUUAGACUAGUAACUUGCAGAAAAUAAUCUAAUAUUCAGGUAUAUAUAGUGGCAGUUACUGAAUAUAGCCGCUGCUCUAAGACCCCCACAGAAAGGAAAUGGUGGAAGAAUAGAAAGAUAUCGGUGCCUUCGAGGGCACCUACCAGAUAUAGAAGCUAACUACACGUGAUGAAAAGGAGAGAGGAAGCAGAAGUUAUCUAUAAGUAACUGUGCAUUCAAAAGCACCCCUCUGCAAAGUAUGUGCUAAAUUGUAGAACUAGCUAAUUAGCAUUGAAUAACAAAAUCCACAAUAGUGUCUUAUGAUGUAUCGAUAUGAUGUAUCGGGCCCUUGAAAAGCCGCCUUAACGGCGAAACGCGCGUCGGGGUUUUUCUCCGAUCCCUCCAAAUACCCCAAUAUUCUGCAAUUGCAGUAAUCAUCCAUUAUUUAAAUGCUUAUAUUUUGGCUAUUAAUAAUUUUUUGAUAGCGGGUAUAGUGGGAGGUGUUUUAAUAACUUAGCCGUCGAUAUGAUUCAGGGCUGUAAUUUAACUAUCUAACCGCUGAUAUCGUUUAUGGCUGUAACCAUUUAGCCGCCGCUCAUAGCAUAUCGAUACAUCAUAAGACACUAUUGUGGAUUUUGUUAUUCAAUGCUAACUAGCUAGUUCUACAAUUUAGCACAUACUUUGCAGAGGGGUGCUUUUGAAUGCACAGUUACUUAUCAUAGAUAACUUCUGCUUCCUCUCUCCUUUUCAUCACGUGUAGUUAGCUUCUAUAUCUGGUAGGUGCCCUCGAAGGCACAGAUAUCUUUCUAUUUUUCCACCAUUUCCUUUCUGUGGGGGUCUUAGAGCAGCGGCUAUAUUCAGUAACUGCCACUAUAUAUACCUGAAUAUUAGAUUAUUUUCUGCAAGUUACUAGUCUAACCGGACGGUUCAGCCUAUCCGACCACAGAUUAACAGCCAUAUUGAACGGCUUUGUUUACGCUGUCUACUUUCUGUUUAUUUCUGAUUACAACCUAUUAUAGUAGACGUGUUUUCUUAUAUCUCUUCAAGCUUGAUUAAGAACAUUUGGGACAUUUUUAAAAGUGUUCUUCGAAAAUCAUAGCCCCAGAUUAUGUUCCGGUUACUUAGAAAGUUAUGAGACACUUGAGACAUAUUAGAAUAGUCCCAGUGCAGCAGACAUAUGUUUUUUCUUUCCUUCAUUUAACCAGGAAUACUCUGGAUAUAUCGGAAGCACUUUCUGUCAAUUAUAGUAGCAAUACUUUUGUGUCUACUAUUUGGAAAGUACUAUCAACUGUAACAAUCACCUUUGACACGUUGUUACAGUAUUAUCAGAUUUGAUAGUUCUCCUCUUUUCUCUUGUCUUGAUAGGUUGUAACAGUAUUAUCUCAGUAGACAGUUUUCAUCUAUUUAUAGAACAUCGUUAUUCACAUCUCUGAGAUUCAGAUACUGUUUCUUUGGUUUUUAAUUCUAAUCUUCCUUAUAUUAUCCCUUCGUGUCUUGGUAUAUAUAUCUAGACCGAUUAGGACUAUAUAUGUGUAAUAAUCACUCUAUAUUACAUUCACCAUUAAAAUUUAUAUUUUAAUAGUAUAUAUCCUUUAGGUAGUGUUUUUCUUUCUUUUCCUUUGAAUAUAUUUAUAUUUAGGGUUAACCCCUUAACUACCUUGUUACCCUAUUCUUCACUUUGGGCUUUCACUCUGUUAAAAAUUUAGCCACAAGAGGGCACUGUUGCAAAGCGCAAGACUUAAAACUGUAAUCCAUGUCAAAGUGUGUUAUCACCUCCUGUUUCCAGUAUCUGACUUAAUUUGUGUUUGUCUGGCUCACUUGUUUUUAACCCCUUAAGGACACAUGACAUAUGUGACAUGUCAUGAUUCCAUUUUAUUCCAGAAGUUUGGUCCUUAAGGGGUUAAACUGUGCUCUAUAUUCUAUGUACUAAAUACUAAGAGUUGUUUAAUGAUGUCUUUAUAUCUCUAGGGUUACAUCAAUUGCUGACCGACUUAAUGUUGAGUUUGCUCUGAUCCACAAGGAACGUAAAAAAGCCAAUGAAGUUGACAGAAUGGUUUUGGUUGGAGAUGUGAAGGAUCGUGUUGCAAUUCUGGUCGAUGAUAUGGCUGAUACAUGUGGCACCAUAUGCCAUGCUGCUGACAAGUAAGACUUGGCUUUCCCGAAAAAUAAAUUGAAUGAUUCUUUGUGAAGGCUGUGGGCAAAUAUAAGUUGUCCACAAAGAAAAUCGGCAUAUGCAAAUUUAUGGAUAGUGGAAUCCUUAAACUGUUAAGUGAAAUAUAUUUAAUAUGUUUACCCUUUCAAGGGGCAUUCUUCCAUCUGUGCUCAUUUUGACACUUGUGAUUGGGUUAUUAAAAGGACACUUAAGGCACAAUGUCUGGUUGCCAUUCUGCAGAAUGCCAAUGUUUUUCCUUGCAAGGUUCAAAUGCCUUUAUUUGCUAUCAAUCUCAUUUUAGUAAAUAACGCUGUUACUGUUUUAAUAUAUUCAGCAAAUAAGAUUCAACGGUGAUGUCAUUUGUAUUCUUUACUGAAUUUAAUCGUGACUAGUUUUUGAAAUGUAUUCAGUUCAGUUACAAAUAUUUAUAUAGUGCCAGCAUGUUCUGCAGAGCUGUUCAAUAUGUAGAAUCACGCAAACAAGUAAUUCUAAAUAGUGUGACAUACAGGAACAGUAGGUAAAUAAAGCUCUAUAAGACACUUAUUUUAUUUAGUAAUUAAAAACUUUUUUUUUAAAUGCGACACUCAAAAAAAUAUAAUGUAUUUUUCGUACAUUUGCAAAUAUGUUUGUGUGUGGCAGGUGACUCUUAAAUUUCAUUGAAGGGACACUACAGGCACACAGACCACCCAGUGGUCUGGGUGCAAUUUCCCUGUUGCCCUUAGUCCUGCAAUGUAAAAACAUUGCUAUUUUUAGAGCCCUUAGUCCUGCAAUGUAAAAACAUUGCUAUUUUUAGAGAAAUACAUUGCAGCACUAAGACCGCAUCUAUGUCUGUUUACCAGACAGCCACUAGAGGAACUUCCUGCUUGCUAGGUGACUUGUGGUUGCCUAUCUGGCGCUGGACGUCCUCACAGUCUACAUGAGGGCAUCUAGCGUCCAUUAAAUCCCCAUAGGAAAGGGUAAGUACAGUAAGUAAAGAGUUUUUAACCCUUUAUUGGCUAGGGAGACACAAGGGAGCAGCCAGCGGGAGCUAUAGUGCUAGGAAUACAUAUUCAUUGACCUAACACUCUAGUAACUCUUAAAUUGUUUGGUACUCUGUUCAGCAGCAGUAUCUGAGCCGAUGUAAAUUUUCUAGAGGCGGUCUGUGUAUUUACUGUCAUACUCACUGGUUCAAAGUUGAAGGGGAAUGAAGGUGGGUUAAUUUACUUAAUUCCAAUUGAAUUUCAAUCCAAAUGGCAAAAUUGUGACCAGGGUCGAAUUAGUGUGUUUUUUUGUUUUGUUUUUUCAAAUCUGCUUUGUUUGUCAAAAAUUAAAAUGCAACUAUCAAAAGAGAGGCCAUUUUCGACAGUUUGCAUUUUAGUGGAUAGCCCUGUAAGUGUUCAUUCCUGUGUACUGCCCUUUUUCAUUUGGGAAUAAACUAUAUGUUUUCUGCAAACUGUACGGUUAAUCAUGCAGUCAGGAAGACUAUUUUGUGAAAAUGAGAAGUGUGGUUUAUGGGUUGGAGUUACAUUUUAGAAAGCUGCAAAAUGUAUAUAUUUUUAAUUUACAUUUUUUUUUCUUCACUUGAAGGUUACUUUCUGCUGGAGCAACAAAGGUUUAUGCAAUUUUAACUCAUGGGAUUUUCUCUGGACCUGCCAUCUCUCGAAUCAAUAAUGCAGCAUUUGAGGCUGUAGUGGUAACUAAUACAAUCCCACAAGAAGACAAAAUGAAAGCUUGCUCAAAGAUUCAGGUAUCUGUUUUUAACUAUUUUUGUUUUUCCACACAGUUCAUGUGUGGUUGUUUAAUAAAUAUCAGUCAUUCAAAAACUAUAUAUGGAUGUACUUAAUUAGUCUAAAUGCCAGUAAUAACUAAAUGUGAACAUUUCUCAUGUCCUGAAGUCCUUAUAUGGAGUGGAACAAUGCAUAGUUUCUCAUAGAAACACAAACUGUAAACAGUUAUGAAAAGCAAAUUGUUAAUCCAUAUUUCUCUAAAAUAAUUGUCAUUGCAUUGACUGUUUAUUUGCUUAGCGAGUAAAGCUACUAAAACGUUGCCUGGUAUUUUUCGUUCUACUCUAAUCAUUACCACCACAUUCUCUGACUGACCUUUGUCAGGGAAUUACAUGCAGUAGCUGCGUAAACAGUGAAAAUAUUUUACAAAGUAAUAAAACAAAAAAAUGCACAAAGUGUAUACGCAAACAAAUGCUUGGUGUAAUGAGUUGUUUCCAGUGGUAUGAUUAUAUGGCCACCAGCCAGUCAAUUGCAGAAGACUUCUAAAACAGCUGUAGCUAUCUCUAAAUGUAAUAAAAAAGGAAUACAUAGUGUAAUCUGUAGAAAAAAGUAUACGUGAAAUGUUAGAAGAAAACUCACUGAAAUGGAUUUAGAAGACUUGUAGAGUCGAAACGCAUCUGCUAUAUUUUCUGUUACGCAUGGAGGGGCGCGAGCGAUGAGAACCAUAUGUUGAGUUUCAUUCCUGCACAUUGCUUAAAAGGCGCUUUAUCGUGUUUGUGUGUGUGCGCAGUGGUGUAUUUAGGUUUUGUGCUGCCCUAGGCAUGACUAAACCUGGGCACCCUCCUUAUCUAAAUUUGCCAGAGGAGCUUCAGGGAGGCAUGCGGCUGUAUUGGAAUCUGAGGCUGUGAGGGAGCUCUGAUCUCCCUGUCCUUCAUUGUUUGCUGACUGCCUUGGGAGCCGGAAUAUGACAUAUCCCGGCUCCAGGCAUCAGUAGACUGCCCACGAGGCUCGAGGGAGCAGAGCAGGGAGAUCAGAGCUCCCACGCCACCUCGGAUUCCAAUACAGCCGCACGCCUCCCAGCAGCUUCACUGGACCCCAGGGACAGAUCCACGCCAGCUCUCCAGGUAGGGAGGCUGGGUGGAAAUAUUCAAUGCUGCAGCCCAGCACCGAUUCUGCGCCAGAGGGCAAGCAGGAGACCUCUCCAGGUACUUUUCAGACCUGGGAGUGGACCGUGGAAGGCUGGGAAAGACUAUUUCAGUUUUAAUUUUUUUUUUUUUUAUUGCAUGAUUGUGCUACCACAGUAUUUAAAUCCAUUUAAAGCAGUGCUCACAUUGUGGACCCCCAAAGAAUCGAAAGAUACCUGGAUUUCCUUGGUACCAGCAGGGAUUUUUAACCUUUGCUGGUACCUCUACUGCAUGGCAUUGGCUGUCGUGUGAUUAAGGUGUCUGGGGAGCAUCUAUUGCACCUACUAUAUUAAUUAAAAGCUCCAACGUAUUUAUUUUAUACAUAAGUAUUUACAUUUUUUUUACAGCAAUACUUGAUUGCAUAAGUAAAUUACAUAUUCAUCAAUCCAUACACAGGGUACUAAUUUAUUUAUAUUAACCUGAUAAAUUGUAAUGCAACAUUUUUUCUAUUUUGUUCUGCACAAUUCUAUACUUUCCAUCAUUUCAGAUGGACAAAGAGUGGAACACUUUAAUUUGAGGGGUGUGACCAGGGGUGGAGCUGUUCUAAAAAAUAUUUUUAAUGCUAAUAGCAAUUUAGGCAACAAAUAUGUAAAUUGGAACAAGAACAAUAUAUAUUAUUUAUACAGACUAAUUUCUAAACACAUUUAUUGUAGUUUAACAACCUGUUACUGCGUGUAUUAUUGCUGUGGAGCUCUGUUCUAAAUUCACACAUCAAAAGCAGUCCUAGAAAAGAAUAUUGGGAUAGAAAAUAGGGAAUUGGGUCUAAAAUAUGCAUACUUGAGAAGUUUGCAUUUCUACAGUUCUUCAGCAUUUUAAUACAGUAAAAUGAAAUAGAUCUAUUUUGUGUACCUAACUAGACUGUUUUUCUUUCUUUUUGAAGGUAAUCGACAUUUCUAUGAUUUUGGCAGAGGCCAUUCGAAGGACGCAUAAUGGAGAAUCUGUGUCAUACCUGUUCAGCCAUGUCCCCUUGUAAAAUUUUUCCUUCCUGCAUGCAGCAGCCCUCAUUUGUUUCCUUUUUAAAGCAAAGUUAACCAAAAGCCGGAUAGUUAAUGCCUAUUUAGCAGUUUCAACAUUUUUGCUCUCUUUUUGGAAGAAUUCAGUCUAGCAAGAAGUAAAGUAGUAUUCUGAACGCAUUCUUUUUAAGGAAGUGUUGAACACAGCUCUGCUUUCAAACUGGCCAUACAUUGUAUUUCUAUUUAAUAAAAGCUAUAUGGACAUUCUAGAUAAAGUUAUGCCCGUGUACUUGCACAAGAUGAUUUAUCGGUGAAUCAAUCUCACCGAGUAGGUCUGACAUUUUGAAUGUUACCUUUUCCAGCGAAAGGCUUGGGGUUGUAUGGGAAGGGUGGGACAUGAUAGUGGGAGAGAUUCAAAUUCAGAAUUUUUUUUUUUUUUUUUAUAUGCAGUUUAAAUCUUUAAUAAUGCUAGCAGAUGUAUUCUGUAUACUGUCAAUAGAUUAUGGGCUAGUUUACUUUGUUCAUUUAGGAUGUUGUACAUCAGCAAGCUGACAGCACUAGAACAACGUUGCCAUUUGUAUUUUAUUUUUCAUUGUUUCUGUUAUGACAUGUUGAACUGGAAAUGUUUUCAAUAUGGCAUUUUGUGCAUAACACCAGCUUUUUAUCUGAUUCAUUUAUUACAAAUAUUAAUGCUCCCCUCAAACUAUAAAUCUCAACUUUGUAUCCAAUUUGAAAUGGCAGUGGAGCAAUGUGUAGCAUACUCCAGUAGGUGUAAAAUAGCAAUGCAGAAUUAUUUUGAACACCUUAAUAAACUGGAUUAAAAAUGUAUUGUACCAAAGUUCAUUGAAAAGCCGCACAAUGCAUUUGAUUUUCUAUAAUGGUCAAUUUAUUUUUAUUUUUUUAUUUUUUUUGGGAGGGUAGGAAAGGUAGGAGUUGUUGUUCUUCUUUUUUAUCCUCCUUCCUUUCCAAAAUGGGUCUCUGUUGCUGUUCAUUUGAAGAAAAAUAUUAUUUUUGCUUAAACAUCAAUAAAUUGUAAGAGUUUUAUGUGGAUCAAUAUUGCUUGGUGUUUUCAUUACAUUUUUUAUAAAUUGCUUA